GCUUUUUUUACUUUAAGAAAAUUUCUUACUUUUAGUUUUUCUUGAUAUUUACGUGUGUUUGUGCGUGCUUACGAUAAAAGCAGUUACUGCCGCGUCGCGGGCUAUGUGGAUUACUAAUAUAAUUAUUUUCUUUAUCAGAUAUUAAUGAAUUGGUGCAACAAUAAUGAGCAAUAAUCAACAGCCAGGCAAGUCUAGUCGACUUACGGGAUCACCAUAUGCCCCGUCGCCACCUCCUCGUCUCGUUAGUCCGGGUGUUAAGAUGUUCGGAGGUACAGGAUGGACACCCGCUCGUCCUCGACCACGAUGGCCUCAACCCAGUCCAAUAAAUCCUAUGAGCCCUAAACCUUUUAGGCUACCUAUGCACCCGCCUUCUCCGGCUCCCAUAAGAUGUUUUUCUCCAUCUUCCUUAUCCGAUUCUUAUUAUCAGGGCAUUCAGCCAUACUCCUCUCAGGUAACUUCACCUCUUCCCUACCCGCCAUUGCACGAUUAUGAAAUGGUAGGAAUGCCACUUUCUCCUCCCCCUUUACCCCAGAAUUACCCUUGCGAAGAGGAAGAAUAUCCUGGAGGGCCAUCGACCGCCGAAAUUAUUGCCAACCAAAGUCAGGAUUAUAUUGAUGAAAAAUUAGCUGAGUAUCAGGCCACGAUUUUAAUGCUCCAAGAUGAGCAAGAGCGUGUGCAGAAGAAGACGUUUGUUAAUUGGAUUAAUUCCUAUCUUACCAAACGUAUUCCACCAAUGCAAAUAGAGGACCUAAUUGAAGAUUUAAAAGAUGGGACAAAACUAGUAGCGCUCUUAGAGGUGUUAUCUGGUGAAAAACUCCCCGUGGAGAGAAGCAGGCUGCUAAAAAGACCCCAUUUCCUUAGUAAUGCAAACACGGCUUUACAAUUUCUGCAAAGCAAAAGAAUUAAAUUAGUAAAUAUUAAUGCCAGCGACGUAGUAGACGGAAGACCACCAGUCGUCUUGGGGCUUAUAUGGACCAUAAUUUUAUACUUUCAGAUUGAGGAAAAUACAAGGAAUCUUAAAUAUUUGGCCAACUGGGGAAGCAGCAGCAGUUUGGAAAGUAGUGAAACCACGCCCUCUAAAGAAAAAUGGAAAAAGGGCGCUCGAAAGAUGCUCUUGAAUUGGGUGUCUAGUGCUUUACCUGAAAAUUCCGAGCUUCAAAUUCGAGAUUUUGGUGCUAGUUGGCGUGAUGGCGUUGCAUUUCUUUCCAUCAUCGAUGCCAUCAAAAAGAAUGUCGUGGAUGUGGCAGCCUUAAAGAAGGCAACAAAUCAAGUUCGUUUGGAAACCGCUUUUGACGCAGCCGAAAGUGAACUCGGUAUUCCGAAAAUUCUGGACCCGGUUGACGUGGAUGUACCAAAACCUGACGAAAAGUCGAUUAUGACUUAUGUAGCUCAGUUUUUGCAUAGGUACCCAGAAGCAAAGGCCGGCGGAUCAGGCUCCCAAAGCUUAACACAAGAUGAAUACGAACAACUUAUUAACUUUUUGGUAGAAAAAUCUAAUGAGUUAGAUGAAUUGGACCUCAGUUCUACCCAAUUUAGUGAUUAUUGGGAGUACAAAAUAAGUUUUGAAGAAAAACGAGAAAUUUACAACCGGUUGAGGCAUAUCUUGGAUAAAAAUAGCUGGGUAAAAUUAUCGAAGUUGUGGUUACGCUUGGAAACUCAGCUACUAAAUUGGCUAUGGUUCCUUGAUAGUCAACUUCCAAGCGACUUUUACUUAAUUGCUGAAUGGCUUAAAGAAGCUGAAAAAUUAGUUUUAUGCAAUGAAAUGUUCGAUGAGGAAAACAAAAUGGAUGAAGAAACGGCAGCAGUUAUUAGUAAAAAGUUAGAGGAACAUAAACAUUUUUUUAGCAAUUUAGAGGCAGUCAAAGAGAAGUUUAGGAUUUUAUGUAGUGGCCAUCAAGCUGAGUUAGUCCCAACCGAGCAAUUAAAUGACUUAAAUGAAAGACUGAAACAAAUUGGACCUAAAGCAGCACAAAGAAGAGUUAAAUUAAAAUUCUUGGAACAUAAAUGUUGUUUAGUUGCUUUUUUGCAAUUAACAGAAAACAAACUAAAAGGCUGGACAGCGAAAUAUGGAAACAUUGACCAUGUACUACAGUUGUUGGAACAAUACCGAAAUUUUGUUUCGAAGAAUAACAUAUUUCAGGAGUUUAAUAAAGCUUUCAGAGAUAUGCAGGCUGUUAUUGAAGAAUACAAACGUGAUGGGGACAUAGAUAUAAAUGAACUUGCUGAAAUCGAUCGAUUUAUGCGCAAAACUUCAGAAAGAUGGAAAAACGUUUCGACUGAAUUAAGAUGCGCCGAAACAAUGUUAGAAGAGGUGGUCGCAAACUGGCGCCGAUGGGAUUAUUUAACGCAGGAAUUGUCCGACUGGCUGCAAAGGGCAAAGAGUGCACUUCUAUUACCUGAGGAUGAAAAAAUUGAGUUUUUCCAGGACAUUGACAGUAACAGAGAUAAACAUCAGCUCCUAACAGACACAUUCUCUUUUCUCGCCGCCACAAUAGAGCCAGGAAUGGCAUUAAACCUCAAAGAGAUUUAUCACACACUUACAUAUGAUUUUAAUCAGAUUUAUGCACAAGUUGAACAUUUUGGUCACUAUAAUAGCGAAUUUUUACGACAAAGAAAAAAUUAUACCACAGAUCGGGACAAAUUGGUCAAAUUGUUGAAAACUGCUGAAGAAACGCUACUUUUCAAUAUUCCGCUAAACAGUAUUGAAGAUAUGACUCUUUACCGAGAGAAGCUUGUAAACCUUUAUAAACAAAUGGAAGAUGAGUUCGAAGAAUUAUUUAGGGCUGUAUCAAAAACAUUUCAACUGAUGAUUGAAAACUUAUCACGGGAGGACGUUGAAUUGAUAAUGCAAAAUCUAAAGGAACAAAAGGAGUUUUUGGUCAAGCUUCGUGCAAGAAUUCCCAUAAAAAUCAAUCAAAUUGAUCAAUUAAUAAUUAAGAAAAAGUCCCUUGAACUGGACAAAUCUGACAUAGUGAACUAUUUAGAUAAAGCGGAAAAAUUGCUCUCUUCAAUUUCUUUCGAGCUAGAUUUAAGAAAACAGCUUGAUAACUUAAAAGAGUUUUUUUCGCGUUCUAAUAACUUUAAAAGUAAAUUAGAAAAUAAAAAUAAGUUAUUAACAGGACUAAUAAAGACUGUUGAAGACCAACAAGGAAUAGAUGAGCUGGUGGAGGAAAUGGAGGGUAUUAAUAAUCGAUUUGCCUAUGUCAUGGAGAAUGCAAAGGUGUGGGAGGCUCGAUUAGAAGAGGGAAUUAGAUGUUGGAAUGACUUUACACAGACUGAAAAAACAAUAAGGGACUUUUUAACAAAAGCAAAACAAUUAUUUUCAACUGCUAUAGGCAAUGAAGAAACUCUUAACGACCACAAAAAAUUCUUUGAAUCAAUAGACGAGAAAUGGAUGCAUCAACUGUCACAUUUUGCAAAGAAUUUGUACAACAUCUUACCUCCAAAUCUACACCCACAAAUAACAUCGAGUGUGUGCCAACUUCAAAAUAAAUGGAAAGAAAUUCUGAAUUUUGCUCCCUGCCAUUUAAUGCAGUUGGAAUUUCUGACGGAAAAGGACCACUUUAACAAGUUCUUAUUGCAAUUAGAUAAAGAUCUUCUGUAUCUCUCACAGAAUUGUGACCUUAAUACUUUAAAAGCCCGCUACCCUAGCUUGGAAACAUCUUUCAGCAACCUUACCGAAUCCUUGGAUGUUUUAACUCAAAUUGAACUAAACUUUACUCAAAAUUGUUUGCAAGAUACCAUACAUAUGAAAGACACCCUAGAAAAUUGUAAAAAAGAAUAUGUACUUCUUAAUACAAAAGUGCAAUCUAUAAAAGAAAAGUUAGAGAACAUUCCGCAAAAAGUGGACUUAUACAGAAAGAACCUAAAUGAGAUGACAAAAUGGAUGGACAAGGUCGACUCGGCUUUAGAUCAGAUCUUAAAAGAAGUUAGCAGUGCUGAAGAGUUUGAUAAAGAAGUAAAGCUUUUUAGGACAAUAUGCCAUGAAGCCGACCAGAAACGCGACUGCAUAAAAUGGCUCGUCCAAACGUUAGAUUCUUUAAUAUCUCAUUGGCCCCAGCCUCAAGCGAUACAAGAGCAAAAUAAUUUGGAAAGCAUAAUUUUGCGUUAUAAAAACCUUAUUCCCACCCUGGAAAUAACUGUCACAAAAACUGAUACGUUGUCCAUGUGCUACAAUUAUCGUAAGGAAGUUAGACAAGUUUGUGAGUUUUUAUUGCAAAUUAAAGAGGACUUUAAGCCAAAAAAGGUUCAAAACUUAGAACAUAUUCAACAGUCAGUUCAAAAACUAAAUCUAACGGUUCAAAAGUUAGAUGAAAAGCGUCCUCUAGUAGCAACGCUGUUGCAUCAAGGAGAAAAACUUGGGCAAGAUGCAUUGGCACCUAAAUUCAUUACAGACGAAGUUCAACAGCUUAAAAGUAGUUGGAAUGAUACGUGUCAAGAGUCUGUGCAGUGCUUACGUCGCCUAGAGGCUACUCGUGACAAUUAUGAUGCAUUUAAACUCCAAAUAAAUACGCUUAAAAAUGUAUUGGAUUCCAAAAGAGAAAAACCUGAACUACAGCUUAAAAUUAUUGAAAACAUAGAUUUGAGUCCUAUUAAAGAAUUGAUACACAAGCUUCGUACUGAUACAAGUGAAACUCAACAAAAGUUACUUGAAAAAGAAUUACAAGAGGUAGAACAAAAAAUUAAAGAUACUCAAGAGGACAAGAAAAAAGAAAUUGCUCAUAAAGAGCAAGUACAAAAGAUUGAAAGUGUACACAAUUGGAUUUGCGUUCAAGAAGAAUUAUUAAAGAAAACUAUUGAUUCUUCCCUAGAGGAAAAACUCAGUCAGACACAAAUCCUACUUAAACAACUUUCGGAAAAAGAGUCUGAACUCAUUAAGCUUAAACAUUCUAUUUUUAAAGAGGAUUUACCACGAGUCCAAUCUUUAGAACAUCAGCUUACGUAUUUCAAGAAAAAUGUAGAAAAUAUAGCAGCAUCGUUUGCAGUAGAACAAGAAGUCGUCCAGCAACGUCAAAUGCGACUUAAAUCAAUUAAUUUACGAGCGGACGAAAUUGAAAAACAACUUCAAAUGAAACCGCCGACAUUGUCCGAGGCAAAGGAGCUACAAAGAGAACAGCUUCAAAGCCUUCAAGAGAUUGAAAAACUUAUUGAACCAGGAGAGACGCCAUUGUUACAUAAGCCCCAAUUGGCCUUGGAAAAAUUAAAUAAGGUUAUUCUAAACUGGUCUGAAAUUGAAAUGAAAAUUGAAGAAAUUGAUAACUGGUUUAGAAAUAUACAACUACCCGAUGAUACUUGUAUUGCAGAAAGCUCUCUAAUGUACUUAAAUAGGCUUGACAAUAAUUUAGCGCAAGUCCAAGUUAAAUUAAUAAAUCUUACUCAGACAGCACAAGGCCUAAAAAAUCAAAUUUCCCCAGAAACAGCUUCUCAAGUAUUACAACACAUAGAUCUUUUAAAAUCAAAUAUAUCUUCCUUAGAAAAUUCCGCGAGAGCAAAAAUCGACAAAAUAUCCGAAAGAUUGAUUGCUAAGCAAGAUUUUGUUACUAAACUAGCGACAUCCGCAAGCUCUUUAUCUGAAAUAAAACAAAAAAUUGGUCAAAUAGGUGAAAUUCCUGCAGACCAAAUAGAAUCACAUAUCGAAAAGAUUCAAGCGCUAUUGCAAGAACACCAGUAUGAACAGGAAAAGUUGCCGCACCUAAGUCACGAGCUUAGUGAAUUCUUACAAAGUACUUCAAAGUUAAAUAAAAUUGACCAAGUUGAUUCUCCAGAGUCCUUGCAACAAAUACCGGAAAAAGAUAACUUGAUUGAAGACUUUGGACCAGAAGGUGUGUCUCUUCAAAAUGAAUAUAGCUCCCUAGUCCAAGCAAACCAGGAAAUUGGCCAAGAAUUAAAAGAAAAAUUGAAUCUAUUUCAGAGCUGGAGGGAAUUUCUUCAUUGGCACCAAGAUGCUAUAAACCAAUUAAACCAUAUUUUAGUUCAAAUACAGUCUUUGCCAGAAGGCCAAGAAGGCAUAAAAGUUCUUAAUAAACUUCUAGAGGAGGUUGAUUUAAUAUUCUCUAACUUACCUAAAGAGCAGCAUUUACUUAAAAAAAAUAUAGAACAUGAGAAGAUUAUAAAUAGCGUCCAAGUUGAAGCCAAUAAAAUUAAAAAUUCUAUUCAGAAUAGGUUAGAAAAACUGAUAACUUCUGCUAGCCAAUGGGAAACCUUUAGAGAAAGUCAACAACAACUUUUAAAUGAUGUCAAUGAUAUAAAAUCCCAAAUUGAGAUUAUUAGAGAUGGAACAAAACACUCAAGUGAUUUACCACACGCAAUUGAAAAUUUGGAUAACCUUUAUAACAGCAUACAAGCUAAAGUAACUAGUAAAGAUCACAUUCAUAAGCUGGGUUUAUCCUUAAUCACUGAAGAUACUUCAAAAAUAGAAAUGGUACAAGAAAAUUUAAGAGGUAUCGAUAGUCAAUUUAAUAACAUCAUAAAAGUAAUUCAAAAUGAAAAACAGAAAUUGUCGCAAAUGAUUAAUGCUUGGAACAGCUUUCAAAUUGCAAAAGAUAACGUUAUAAAAGAGCUAAGUCAAUUUAAUAUUAAAUGUGAACCAUUAGAAGACUUACCGCAAGCUAAACUGAUUGCCUCAAAGCUAUCAGAAUCUUUAAAUAACUGCAAAUAUCGCCUAAAUGAAAUGGAUUCGAAGGCUGAAGAUGCAAUAAAAGCUUGCAUAGGUAUGCCUGGAAUUGAGAUAGAAGUUAAACGUGAUGUAAAUAUCGUACACGACGCUUAUGGAAAAAUGUAUGAGAAAAUGUUGGCAAAUAAUAUAAGGCUUGAAUCCCAAAUUAAAAUAUGGGAAGAUAUUUACGAAACCAGUCAAAAGCUAAGUCAGUGGCUUGAUUGGCAAAAAGAAGAAUUAGCUGAUGCUGAAAAAUCAGCCAAUCGAUCUAAACUGAAUAAAUUCAAAACAGAGUUUCAGAUAAAUCAAAAAUUAUUCCAAAGUUUACCAGAAAAAUAUUUAAAACUUCAAAAUCUCUGCAUUAUUGAUGGUAACAAGAUUGAAAUACCAGCAAUUGAAGGUCUUAUUAAAGGAUUGGAAACUGAAUUUAAUAAUGUUCAUGGCAGAAUACAAAAUUUAGAAAAAGUCAUUCAAAAUAUUGAUAAUGAAGAGCUGGUUAUUAAGAAUAAUAUCAAAGAUGUUGAAAAUAAUAUAAAAUCUUUAAGGGAUCAAAUUUUCCAAAACGAAAACUUGAGUGGAGAAAAUUCCAUAAUCUUAGAACGGCUUAAAAAGAUUAAAGUAUGCUUGAAAAAUUUGGAUGACUUAGAGCCGAAAAUAUCGGAUAUUAAAUCAAAAAUUAAUAAUUUGUCCCACACACAUUCUAGCGAUAUAUUAAAUCAACUGGAGUUUAUAAGAACGAGCCAACAGCAAGGUAAAAUGCAAGCACAAGCUGCCAAGGCUGCACUAGAAUCAAUCCUAAAAAGAGCGUACGAAGAUAAAUGCGAAUGCCUUGAAAGAAUUUUGUUGGUUCAAAAAGAGAAAAUUGAUUGGUGCAAAGCAGAUUUUUUGGUAAACAAAUCGAGCCUAGAAAUUAAAGUAAAUGCUUUGAACGACAUUAAGCGAAGCAUUGAAGACUGCAUUAACCGCCACAAGGAAUUGGAGAAAGUUUCUUUAAUAUUAAACGAAGCUGAACUACCGUAUAAUUCCUUUAUGAUAGACCAAUUAAAACAAACUAUAAAUGAAAUUCAAGAUGAGCUUACAAAUGUUGAAUGUGAUUUAAAUAAUUACUCUAAUGUUUUGAGUCAAGUGGACAAAAUCAUUUUAUGGUUAAAAAAUAUUGAAGCCACCACUAAAGAUGAUGUAUCAAGCCCAAUUAAUUGGGACUCAAUUGACUUAAAACAAACAGAAGUAAGUAAUUUACUGGAAGAAAUAGAUAAGUAUCAACAAGAAUUAUUGAAAUUAAAUAAAAAAUCAGCCAGCAAGAUACCAGAAAUAAAAAAUCUACAAUCUCGCAUAGAUAUUCUGCGGAAAUCCUUAGUUAAUUUUAAGGAAAAAUUGCUCCGAUUAUGUCAGUUAAAACAAGUCUAUAAAGAAGACGUUAAUCAAGUGGAUAAUUGGUUAGAUCAUGCAAAGCAAAAUUUGGAUAAAUGGCAAAAAAAUAAGAUGCCAAGCGAAGCUAUAUUGACUGAACUAAAAACAUUUCAACAUGAAAAAAGUACACAUCAAACUAUCUUAAAUAAGAUUAAAUCCCAAGCUGAAGUCAUAAUUUCAAUGGGAAUAACCCCAGAAGGAUCCGAAUCAAUUCGAGCUCAAGUUAAAAGUUUAUGCACUAGGUUGGAAAGUCUUGAGCAAAUGUCUAAGCUGGUAGAAAAAUCUAUAAUGGAAAAGCUAUCAUUUAAGGAGCAUUUAGGUAGAGUACAAUCGUGGUUAACUGAAGCUGAGUUGAAGUUAAAAGAACAGUUAAAACCGGCUUCAACAUUGCAAGAAAAACAAGUGCAUUUACAAAAUUUACUACAAGUUAAAGAACAAGCUAUUAUAAAUCAAAGUCGUCUUGAUCAACUUCAAAAAAAAGUUGACAAUUUACCCAUAGAAGAGCAGGAGGAACAAAGAAAAUUAGUUAGUCUCGUUGUUCAAGAAGUAAGUGAUUUUGUAAAAACUUUAAACGAUAACAUUAGUUCCUCUCAACAAUUCAUAGUGAACCAUGAGACGUACAAUUCUAAAAUAGAGGAUUAUCAAGGUUGGCUAAGAUCAUUAACAGCUGAAGCAUCCUUAUUAGUAGAAAAUACUUCCCAAGCACCAUUGGAAAUCCAACUGGAAACUGUGGAAAAUCUUCUUCAGCAAAAACCCCGGGGAGAUCAGUUUCUGGCAUCCUGUAAAGAGCAGUUGGAUAAAGUUUUAAAAGAAACAGCACCAGCUGGUCACCUUAUUCUAAAAACGCCCCUGGAGGAACAACAACAAGCUUGGAUGCAAUUCUUAAACGUAUGCUCGAUGGCUAAAGAAAAACUUACUGACUUAAGCAACGUAAAACAAGAAUUCGAUCUUUUAGAAGGAUUUUUGACCCAAAUUGAGGCAGAAAUCAAAGAUCAAAGCUUUAAAAGUAGUUUGGAACUGAAGCAAAUUCAGUUAGAUAAGUUAAAGAGCUUAGAUGCUAAACUUGCAGAGAAAGAGGAAGUAUUUUCUAGUAUGGAGAAAGUAGGGGAAAAACUAAAUAUGAACUAUUUAAUUAAACGUUAUCAAAUGUUAAAAAGUAACAUUAAAGACCAGAUUACGCGGUAUGAUAGUUUUGUAAAGGAACACAUGGAAUUUGAUGAAAGUUAUGCUAGUUUAUCCGAAUUUCUGGAUAAUAAAGAAAUGGAAUUAAAAGAAAUUUGCGUGAUAGUUGGAGAUUUGAAUAUUCUCGAUUCGAAAAAAUCGAAUUUAUUAGCACUGUUAAAUGAAAAAACUCAAAAAAAUAAGCAAUUUGAGGACCUAAUUGUUCGAGGAGAAAAACUUUACUUGCACACAUCUCCUGAUGGGCGUGACUUAAUUCGUCAAAAGUUAAAAAAUUUCCGUUUAAAAUGGGAUAAUCUAGAAGACGAAAUACAAAGAGCUAAAAGUAAGCUGGACCAAUGCAUCAUAGAUUUUACCAAUUUUACCUCGACCCAAGAAGAGUUAACUUCAUGGUUAAAAAAUGUGGAAAUAGGAAUGAAAAAACAUACAGAGUUACGGCCGACUUUACUAGAAAAACGUGCGCAGUUGCAAAAUCAUACAAUAAUGCAUAAAGAAAUAAUUGCACAUCAAGAGAUGGUACAAAAUGUCUGCGAGAAAGCACGAAAACUAGUUCACGAAACUCACGAUAAAUCAUUAAACUCAUAUAUUAAAUCCAUAGACAAUUUAUUUUUAAAUAUUGUAAAAAAAUCCGAACAGCUAUUGAAAAAUUUGGACAACUGUGUAGAAAUUCAUCAAAAUUAUAACAAAAAAAUGACAGAAUUUAAAUUGUGGCUUAAAAAUCAAACUGAGAAAAUGUUGGAUCAAUGCAAUACAAGUGGUGAAAAAUCAUAUGUAAUGAAAAAUAUUGACUACCUAACAAAUUGGAAAAGUAAUAGUCAUAAAGAAGGGACUGCAGUGUGGAAUGAAUUGAAGAAUUUAGUGGAGGUAGUGCAACAGGGAACCUCUUCUAGCGGUGUAGACGUUUUAAAUCAAGAACUACAAGAAGCAAAGGAAAAACUGGAAAAUCUUCUAGCUGAGAUAGAUAACUUAAUUGAAAAGCAAUCAGACAUCUUAAACAGAUGGAACAACCAUGAAGAAAAACUUAAAGAAUUAACAGAUUGGUUACAAAAAACUACAGGUGACCUUCAGAAUCAACCGUUACAAUGUACUCUGGAAGAAAAGAAAAUUCAACUAUCGACCUUUGAAAACUUGCAAAAAAUAAUUGAAGAAAAGGGUGCGGAAAUUGCAGAGUUUAUUGACGAAAGUAACUCGCUAUUUAAUUUAUCUGGAGUAGAGAAAUAUAAGCCUAUCUUAUCGCAGUUGCAUGAAAGAUAUCAGAAUUUAUUAAGCAUGUCAAAGAAUGUUGCUGAACACUGGAUAGACUUAGUUGGUCAUCACCAACAAUAUCAAGAAAAGAAAGAUGAAGUUUUAGAUUUCCUUAAAAAGACAUUUGAAACAAAACUUGAAACGGAAACAGAUCCAGAUAAAUUCAAAUUGUUGUCAACUAAUAUGGACCUUGCAAACGAGAAAAUCAAUUCCUUAAUCAUUAAAGCAGAACAAGUACUACCCGACACGGCAAUGAGCGGAAGAGAAACGAUAAGAUCGGAAAUUCAAGAAAUAAGAAAAAGAUGGGAGGAACUAAAAGAGGGAAUUGUAACGGAGCAAAAAAUGCAAGAGAAUAAGCGAAACCUUCUUUCUCAAUUGGAAGAUGCCGUUCAGAAGUUUAAGACUUGGUUAGAGACGAUGGAAAAACAGGACAAGCUUGGUCAAAUUACGCAACAGGAGAUGCGCAAUUUGUUGUUGCAGAAAAAGACAGCACUACAGGAAAUUGUAGCAUAUAAGAAAAAGGUGGAUGGCAUCAACGAGAAAGUCAGUGCAAUUACAAAACUCACAAAGGAUAGUACAGAUGUUCAGCCUGAGAUUAACUCCAUCAACGAACGUUACAAUAACCUCCUUGAAACCACCAAAAAUGAUAUCAGUCAGCUUGAAAAGUGGCUUGAAAUUUACCAGCAAUUUUACUUCUCCUUUAAGCAUGAGCAAGAUCAACAAAAGAGCUUUUGGAACAACUUAAAUGCCUUAUUAAAUCAACAGGGAAAUAAGUCAGUUAUUGAAGAAAAAUUGGCCAAAGUCGGUGAACUGGAAGACAAUUUAUCUCAAAGUAAUUUAAAGAUCAUGAACCUUAAUCAACAAAUAAACCAAACUAAAAUAUUGCCCGCCAAAUUACAAGAAACCAUGCAACGAGAUUUUGAACUUUUAAAAGUGGAUCAAGAAAAAUGUGUUUCAGUUUUACAGGACGUUAAAUCUGACUUAACGUCUAAAUUAAAAAAAUGGGUUGAAUUAACCUCAUCUAUUGAAAGGCUACGAGGAUUUUUAAAAGAUAGUGAAAAAGAGUUGAAGUUAGGUUUUGAGUUAAAGACUACUUUGGAAGAAAAAAAGGAGUUACUGGAUAAAUAUGAGGCUCUAGUCACAAACUUAAAUGAAAAUGAGAGGGAAUUCGAUCAAUUAUCGGAUGAAUUUAGCGAAUUUGUUGCCAACGGCGAUUUAGGAGUUUCAACAGAUUUGCAGCAGUUAGGUUCCAGUUUUAAAUCUAUCAAACUGGCGGCUAAAGAAAUAUUAAAGAGAUGUGAGCAAGCAUUUGAAGAACAUAAAAAGUUUCAAGAGAAAUAUCAGGAAUGUAGUGAACUAAUUAAAGCGACAAGAAAUAGAUACGACGCCACCAUGCAAGAUACUUUUGAAGAUCAAAUAAAGAUUCUCGCGGAACUACAAAGCACAAAACCACAAGUAACAGUCUUGUUAAAUAAUUUAGUUGAACAAGGAAAUAGUUUGGGCAGUUCGACAUCAGUGGAAGGUAGAGAAGUAAUCACUAACCAGCUGGAUGAUAUACGUCAAGCAUUUGAUGCGAUUUUUGAUAAAAUAAAUCUAAGCGAUCAAAAUUUGAAAGUAAAACUAAAUUUAAUGACGGAAUUUGAGCAGAAUUUAAAAGAAAUUAAAAACUGGAUUGAUGAUUUACAGUUCAAAAACAAAUUAGAACUAAAAUCAAGUUUAAAAGACAAGAAGGAGCAGCUAUACAUUUACCAAAGUAUGCUUCAAAAAAUUCAGUGUUACCAACCAAACAUCGAAUGCUUAAAAAGUAAAUAUGAAAGCUUACAAAGUAGACAUGAAGCUUUUGAAGCCGAAAUGAAUGACAUAUCAAAGGAUUAUAAUGAAAUGCUAAGUCAAGUUAAACAUUUCGUACAAGAAUACGAAGAAAUUGUCAAAAAUCAUCAAACAUUUGAGAAAACAGUUCAAGAAUCCGUUGAUUGGAUAAAUGAGCAACAAUCAUCAAUUGCUUUAUGGGGAGAAACUAAUGUGGAGAAAGGACCACUUUUAGCAAAUUUAGAACGACUUAAGAAAUUGUCUGCUAACAUACUCGAAGAGCAACAAUCCCGCUUAUCAACAAUAAAAGUUCUGGCCGAUGACGUUAACGAGAAAACCCUUGAUCAUCACAGACCAUUAAUUAAUCAACAAGUAGUCGCUGUGGAACAACAGUAUAUAGCUCUAAUUAAUGACAUCAAUAAAGCUAUAGUAGCACUUGAAGAAAAAGCCUUACAUUGGUCGGAAUAUGAACAGCUACGUGAUACUUGCGCCAAGUGGUUAUCUGAAACUGACGAAAGACUCCAUUGUGUAGAUCUUAUGGAGAAUGUUGAGGAAAAGGAAAAACAGUUGGAUACUCUAAAGGCUCUUCAUGGAGAAAUUAAAGCCAAAGAGUUAGAAAUUGAUCAGGUAACUGAACGUCUUCAACAGCUAAAUCAGGGCACCUUCGGUUCUCGAUCAUUGCACGCCUCUGAGCUGGGAAUAAAAUACCAACAAAUUUAUCAAAAGGUUAAAGAAUUGCUAACUAGUAGGCAACAAUUUCUUAAUGCGCAUUUAGAGUUUAAUUCUGAAUUAAAUAGUUGUGAAAAUUGGCUUAAAGAUCUAGAAAAAAAAAUUGCAUAUUGUGAGCAAAUUAAUGGUGUCAGUCAACCGGACUUAGAAGCUAAAUUGGCCAUGAUUCAGGAGUUAAUUGUUAACAAAGAAGUUGGCUUUAGUACUAUACAGAAACUGGUCGAAAAAGCCCAAGGAGUACUGGUUAAUACCGCACCAAGCGGCCAUGAAACUAUUAAUUCUAAAAUAUCGCACUUACAAACAAACUACUCGAAACUAGCUACAAAAAUGAUUGAAAUCAAAUCUCAAAUAGAGGAAGCACAAAAUAAAUGGAGCGGUUUAUUAAAUGAAAUCACUGCCCUUGGAAAAAGGCUGGAACUUAGAGAGGCUGAAAUCAAAGAACUUGAGGAGAAAAAGGCUACAGCAAAAGAGAAAAAAAUACAACUGGACAAAUGUAAGUCAUUGGAAGAGAAGAUAAGAUGUGAGAAAGUGGAAGUAGAAGCAUUGAGAGCAAACGCAGAAGAGGUUUUAAAAAGUGAUACUGAAGGAGAAAUGUGUAGUGUGUUGGAACGAUUUGAUCAGAUCUUCGACCAAUUACCCAAACUUCGUAAUGUCCUUCAACGAAAUUUCGAAGACCAUCAAGCUUAUAAUUCCGCUUAUGAGGAUAUGCAGAAGUGGAUGAUCCGUGCACAAGAAAAAGUGCCCCAGUUGACACCAUCCACUACCUCAUCACGAUCGGACAAAUUUACUAUUGAAUCUUUAGUUGGACCUUUGGAUCAUUUAAUAAACAAACGUGCUCAAGGUGUGGUUUUAUUGGAUCAAUUGGACCAUAAAGCCGAAGUGGCUAUAGGGGACACAAAUGAAGUUGGAAGCGAAAGUAUUACUAAGGAUAUUAGAGCUCUGCGGGAAAGUUUUGAGAGGUUAUUUGAAAAUCUAACAUCUCAACGAGAAGAACUAGAAGUAGUUCUAGUUCAGUGGAGGGAGUUUAGGGAAAAGAUGGAGAAGGUAUCCGACUGGCUUCAACAAUUAUCAAUUUUAAUCAAAAACCAAAAAAUUGCUUUGGGAAAAAAUUUAGAGGAAAAAGGAGAGCAAGUAAAGAAAAUAAAAGAAGUUCUUGAAAAACUUGUGGAUGGAGAAUCACGUAUUCAAGCUCUUAACGAUGAUGCUAAAGUUUUACUUAAGUCUCCCCUAGAGGCUCAUAUUACAAUUCAACUUCAUCAACUUCAAAGGCGAUAUGAAGAUGAAUUAAAUCAAGCUAAAGACGUUUUAGAAAAACACCAAUACAGUUUUAAUCAACAUCAAGAAUAUUUGAAUAAUAUGACCACAAUUCAGGCUUGGAUAGAUUCUGCAAGAAAAACAGUUUCAGACUGCUCCAGUUCCAAUAAUGUGAAAGAAAAUGUACAACAAAAUUUAGACAAAAUCCGAAGCUUGUUUAGCCAACGGGAAAAAAAUCAAACUUUGGUAAAUACUACGAUAACUUGUGGCGAACGAGUGAUAAAAAUGACUCGUUCCGAUGGACGAGAUGCCAUAGCUGAGGAAAUCAAAAAACUUCAAAAUUACUGGGAAAAAUUGGUCAAGAAAAUGGCAACAACCAAAGCUAAUUUGGAAACCGAAUUGUUACAAUGGGAAGAUUUUGAUAGCUCAUACAAUCAGCUACAAAAAUGGUUAGGAGAAAGGGAAAAACAACUGAUGGAUGUUUCGGAGGAAACAGCCAAAUGUAAAAAAGCAACUACAAGUGGUUUAAGUGCCCUCCCUAUAUGCGAACGCAAAGCGGCUAUGCGCGAAACAUCCAACAUAAUCCAAGACAUAAUAUCCUUUGAGCCAAUGGUUCAGUCCAUCGCUACCAAAGCCGAAGACUUAAAGCAACCCUCCUCUAGUCUCAUAUCCGUUAAAUAUGAGUCUCUUACUAAACAGGCAAGGGAUUUGUAUGAAAAGCAAAAGGCUUUAGUUGAACAACACCAGGCUUUUGUUGAUCAAGCCAAUGAAUUUCAUAAGUGGCUGCGAAUGGCCAAGGAAAAAUUGGAUAAAUGUCGUGAGCCUGAAGGGGAUAGGGAGGUGUUAGGUAGCAAAUUAGCGCAAGUAGUGGUUUUACAGGAAGACGCAAUGAAUAGUGGUAAAAAGGCCCUGGAGACGACUUUGCACGAAGGAGUGAAGGCGUGUCAGGUCGCAGACGACAUGGAUCGUGAAAUCAUUGAAGAAGAAGUCGCUCUACUUCAAGACGACUAUGAAAAUCAUUUGGAGCAACUAAAUGAAAUCAAACGAAAUUUAGAAUUAACAAUAGUAAAAUGGACCGAAUAUAAUGAGAAAUUUAAUCAAGCUAUUAACUGGCUUAACGAACAAGAAGUACUGAUCCAGAGUUUUAACCAACUCCAAAGCAGUUUGGAAUUAAAAAGAACCAGUUUAGAGCAGUUCCAAGUACAUUUAGAAACUUUAUUUGAUUGGCAGGGAGAAUUAGACCGAAUUAAUAUGCGAGCCCAAUCAAUAUUGGAGACAUGUUCAGAUUCCCGAGUUAGUAAUGCUGUGACCCAGUUGUCAACCAAAUAUAAUGCAAUUCUAAAUAUGGCGAAGGAAUUAAUGCGUAGAUUAGAAUUGCAUUAUCAGGAACAUCAACAACAUAACACUCUUUAUCAUGAAUUACAAGACCUUAUUGAAAAAAUACGUGAAAAGUUUCAAAAUUGCUCUGAUAUUCCUUCAAAAUUAACAGAAAUUAAUAACAAGCUGCAGAUUUUAAAAAGCAUUCGUUUGUCCAUUGAACAAGGUCAGAAUAAAUUAAGAUAUAUAAAUGAGCUUACAGAGAAAUUAAAAAUCAACACCGAUCCAUUGGGAGUUAAAAAAAUUGAGGAAAAUACUGAUAAUUUAAGGCAGGAUAUGGAAAAGUUGGUACUCGAGGUGGUUAAUCAAGAAGCCAAGCUACAAAAAAGGUUGGAAGAACUAAAGGAAAAUGAAAAAGUGGAAAAUAAAUUUUUGGAAUGGUUAAAUGAUAUGGAGUGCAGGCUGGAGGAGGAAGGGGAGCGAUUAUUCGACGAUUUGCCCGAGAAAAAAGCUCAACUGGAAAAAUACCGACAACUUCAAAAAGAAAUCUUGAGCUAUCAGUAUCCUUUGGAGUCCAUACCCAAGGACCUUCUUGACAGACAGGAAUCACUGAAAACUAAGAUUGAAAAUUCUAUUGCUGACUUGAAAGACCAAGUUUUACAACACGAACAGCAUAAAAGCAAUUGUGCAAAAAUCCGCGAUCAAAUCAGAAAAUUGCAAAAAGACAUUCAAAAUUGUGAACUUCACCAGGGUGAACUGCCUGAAAUUUUAGAAAAACUGGGAGCCAUUGAUGCAAUCGAUUUAAAAGCAGUUGAGGAACUAAUUAAUAAAACAAUUGAGGAUAGUGCUAAAGUAACAAAAAAUACCGGUGCACAAGGAAACGAGGUGAUUUAUCAAGAAAUUGAUGAAAUAAACACAUCUUUGGAAGGACUACAAAAUCUUUUCAAAAAAGUGAAGAAUCAGUUAGAGCAGUCCAGAGACUUAUGGUUGGAAUUUAACUCUAAUUUCGCUACAGUUGAAGAUGCCAUCGCCAAACUUACUAGCGAAGUAUUACUAGCACAAAAUGACUUAGAACGUUGUCAAGCAUUACAGCAAGAUCUUAAUGCAAUGGAGUCUGUAAUGGUAAAAUUGACAGAUUCCAGUGAGAAAUUAAUUUCGGAAUUAAAUGGAAUAACAUACAUAAGAGAAAAAGUAUCAAAAGUGCAAGACAAAUUUUCAGAACUAAAAUCGAAAAUAGAAGAAAUGUUGAUGAAAUUACAGAUGCAAGUAAAUGAGCGGGAAGAGUUUUCGGAAGCGCGCAAGAAAUUGGAAGAAUGGUUGAAGCAAGUAAGGGUUGUACUGGAUAAGACAGAACAAUGCCCCAAGGAUGAACCCACUCUUAGAAACUAUUUAAGCUGCAUUCAAGAAAUUGACUUACCAGAAGCCGAUAAAUUACUUAAUCACCUCCAUGAGACUUUUGCAAAACUUAUUUUUAUCGACCAACCCAAUGAGGAACAGACAUUUAGAGAAACUAUAACAUCUUUAAAGCAAAAUUUAGAUCAAUCUAAAUCUGACUUAAAGUUACACGAAGCGAAUCUGAAGGCUUCUUUACUUAAAUGCUUAGAAUAUAAUGAACGUAAAGAAAGUCUGAAAAGGUGGCUUGAUGAAAAAGUUAAAACAAUGUUACAAACUGGGGAAUCAAAAGAAAAUGUUAGUGAACUAAAGGCUUUAGUUGACCGUUUAAAACACUUUCAAGAAGAGUUAGUUGAAAAGCAAGGAGAGUUGGAAAACCUAAAAGAUUUCUUUAACGUGGAAGAACUCAAGGAAAUAGAAGCUGGUUUCCAAGAAGCUCAAUUAACUUGUAAGAAAAUAAUAGAAGAUCUUGAAGCAGAGUUAAAAGACUGGAACAACUAUCAUCAAAAACUACAGGAAAUUGAAAAGUGGCUCUUGCAAAUAUCUUUUCAACUAAUGGCUCAAAAUUCAUUAUAUAUUACUAAUAAAGAGCAGACGGAAGAGCAAAUCUCCCAACAUGAUUUAGUCUUAAAAAAUAUUGUAGAAUAUCAACAAACUUUAAAUCAAAUCACAUUACAUGGACAGAAAUUGCAAACACGAUUCCCAUUACAAAAGAAUGAAAUAGAUACCCAAUUAAAAAAUAUCCAAGAAAGUUAUGAUUCCCUUCUGAAAACUGCGCUUAAUAUUAAAGAGAGAUUGGACGAUUCAUUAAUUAAGUUUAUAAAAUAUGAACAGGCUUUAGAAGAAAUAGAAAGAAAAUUGGAUCAACUAGAAGUAGAAUUGAAGGAAACGGAUGAGGGAAAUAUUGCCAGCUUUGCAGACGCAAAAAAAGCGAUGGAAAGAGCUAAGAAGCUACAUGAUGAUCUCCAAGGGCAAAAGGCUAAGUUAGCAGAAGCUGUACAAAUCUGCGAAGCAGCUACGGCUUCAAUAAGUCGUCCAACAAGUCCCAGGGAUAUUCUACCACCACCAGUCCCGAUUAAAGAGUUGGAGUGUCGAGCAAGACUAGAAGAUUUUAUUGAUGAGGUACAGGUUCAUCUAAGCAACUUAUCAACAAUUCUUAACAGUUGGGAAAAAAUUGAAAAACAAAAAGCUGAACUUAAAUUAUGGUGCGAAAAACAAACGGAAACUAUCAAGGAAAGUAAAACUCGUCCAAUCAAGUUACGAUCGGAAUCUGCCAAACAAGAAUUAAACCAAAUGACAAAACUGUUAACGCAAAUUGGCGAAAAGCAAAAUUAUUUAAUGGUAGAAUUGGCUGGAGACGACAAUUUAAAUUUGCUGUUGAUAAACCUAGAAACGGAUGUUAAGGAAUUUAUAGCAGACCGAGAGGAAAAACUUAAGUUUGUUGAUGAGUUUAGAGAGGCAUUAAAGGAGUUAAAUGAAUGGAUUGAUAAUCUCAAUAACGAUAUUGAUAGUGUGGAUAAACGUUCAGGUAUCAUCUGCAGUCAAAAAAUAUCCUUACUUAAGCAACUAAAACAGGAUCUUUCGGAUAAAUUUCCUGAAAAACUUACUGAUAUUAAAUCAAAAUUAUCCAAAAUUAAAGAUCUUGUUAAUGACCUUGAUUCUCAGCAAAUUGAAGAUAAUUUAACAUCCACUGAAAGAAAAAGAAAACAGGCCUUAAAAAAGGUGCAACGCAAAAUUCAGUUACUGGAAGCGACUGUAAAAGAACUUGAGUCGAUUAAAGUUGAGCUAACUGAAGCUUUUAAAUGGAAUAAGGAAGCUCUAACACAAUGUCAAAGAGAUCACACCUUAAGCCACGAAAGUGUUAAAGUUAAUGAUAAAUUGGCGUUAGCCAAAGCUUUACUUAAAGAAACUGAGGGCAAAGUUAUUCUUAAAGAUGCAUUAAUUAGGAGACUCGGUAAUCUGGCUCACGAUUUAGAAGCAGCAGAAAAUGCUGAGUUAAGUGAAGCUUUAAAUAACUUAAAUAAGGAACAAACUAUAUUAUUAGACACGAUUAACAAUCAAAUUCAACGAUAUGAAGCCGCCAUUGCUGUGAGACAAGAAUUUGAAGCCAUUUUGAAUAAAUUUAAAAUUUGGCUUGAUAACCAGUCCUCUGUUGUAUCUCAGAAAAAAACUGAAUGGCCUUUACAAGUUCAGCAGCUGGAAAAAGAAUUACAUCAACAAAAAAUCGACCAAAACCAAAUUGAAUCCGGGGGCGCGGCAUCCUUGCAGUCUAUUUUAAAAUUAGGGCAAAAUUUGUUGAAGGAAUGCGAUCAGACUGAUUACCAACAACUGGAAAAAAUUUUAAAUGGUAUUCAGGUUACCUUUGAUAACCUUAAGAUGACAUUUAAAAAUAAAGAGGCUAUGUUAAUCGAACUUCUUGAGUCUAGAAAACAGUUCGAAAUUAAUUCAAAUGACUGUUUUGAUUGGCUGAGGCAAGCAGAGGUGACGACGUCCCCUGAUUUAAGAUGGACUGGUAUAGAGGUAUUGGAGGAGCAGCUUAAGACUUACGAGAAAUUAAGAGAGGAAUGUUUGAAAAUUGAAGAAAAUAUCGAUAAAAUUAACCUUGAAGCAACAACGACCAUUCUACCAACCCUGAACGAAUCCGACAAAAUCAGCUUAAAGGAAAUUUUAAACAAUCUUAAGGAAAAAUACCAAAAAGUCAAAAACCUAAUAAAGCAGAGAUACGAAGAUUUGAAAAUAAAAACAGAAGAAACCAAAAUUGCUUUAGCACGAUUAAAGGCUAGCUUAUCCUUAAUUGAUGAAGUAAGAAAACAGUUAAAAGAGGACGUGACUCAACCAAUUGGAACAAGAGUUGAAGAGAUACGAAAAAGAAUGACUACUUUGGAGGGAUUGGGGAAAAAUAUUAAAGAUGAUAAGACGCAACUUGCAAAAGUAGCAUCAUUAAAUAUUUUGGAUCUUAAAAACGUAAGCAAUUCUCAAGACCAACUGAUAAAAGCAAUUGAAGAUCAAAUUGCUAAGCUUAAAAAGUCAUCUAUCUUAAUAGAUCAGUAUCGCGAUCUUAUUGCCGAAAUAACCACAUUCCUGGCGAAGUAUUCUGAGAUCGUUAGGCACUUAGAAGAAUCUGAUGAGAAUAUUGAUGAAAAAAUUCGCAAAUACGAGGAAAUAUUCAAGAAAAUUCAAGAAUACGAGGCGCAACAUGCACUUGCUGUAGAUAAAGGUCAAAAGAUCGCUGAAGAUUGUGACGUUCAGGAACGAAAUGAAAUUAUGGCAGAACUGCAUGAAUUAAAGAAUUCGUUAAACACAUUGCGAAAAACCGUGGAAAAACAAAAAGAAAAACACGAGAAUUAUUUGGCCGAGUAUGCAAAGUUCGCUGCUGAUUUGGAGGAAAUUUUGGAUUUGUUGCAUGCGGAUGAAGGUGCCGCGAAGUCCAGACCUCUACUAACUAGAGAUGUCACAAGUGUAAACGAGGAGUUAAACAAAAACGUUGCCUUAACUGAAAAAGUCACAACCUAUCUAGAAAAAUUAAAAGCAAUGAAAGAAGCCGCUAAAUUAUACUUAAAUCUCCCCGGUACUUUAAAGGAUCGAAUUUCCGAAGCAAAUUCCUUUAUUACUAUGUUGCCCACUGAACUUGAAGAGCAGUCCAAGUAUUUGUUAAAUCACAAACAUUUAAGGGAGGAAUAUAUUAUUGUGAAGAAGAAGCUUUAUGAUUGGAUAAAAGAGGCAGAAGAAAAACUGUUAUUAAACCGAGAUGGCGUAGAUUUUGAAAACGCAGCGCGCGAUAUGGAAAAUCUGAAAAAGUUCUUUAAUGGUAAAGAGGAAAUUUUGAAGGUGCUACAGAAUUUGCAACAAUUGGCUGAUCAGAUAUGGCCCAGCUUAGAGGUUUACGAGCAAGACGAAAUAAAAAGGGAGCAAAAACAUCACACCCAAAUAUUAAACAAUACAUUAAGUGCAGCAAAGAACUUAAUAGAGGAGCUUGAUCACCACAGCAAGAAUUGGCAGCAAUACCUAAGCACCAUGGAAAAGGUUAAGUUGGUUAUGAAAAAUAUUACAUUUGGCGAUGAUAAAUACAUAGAUUCAUUAAAGAAACUAAGGAAAAGAGUGAAAAAAUUGAAACAAACCUUGGAAAAUUUAAGGAAAGAAUCCUGUGACUUGGACUUAUUAAGAAAAAUCGCCAACACCAUUACCAACGAAGCUAACGAGAAAAACAAACUUAACGUAGACACGCAAGCAAAUCAGAUUCAAGAAGAGUGGACUUCGUUGAUCUCAGACCUUCAGGGUAGAAAGGAUACACUUACCACAGCAAGCGAAAUUUGGGAGAAAUUUGAAUUAAAAUACAAACAAUUUGAAGAUAGUGUUUUUGGGAUAGAAGAGCAAGCAAAGAGCGUUAACUUAGACGUAAAAAGUCGGCCACUGUUAGAUGAAUCUUUAAAGGCUUUAGAGGUAUUACUGACUGAAGCAGAGAGCCUCAAGACAAAAGAACAAGACUUGGUGGACACAUCUAAUUCACUUCAGAAGUAUUUGCAGGACAUUUCACCUUCUGCCGCAUCCAUCUUAGAUGAGAAAAUAAAGCAAUUAAUUGAUAGAUUUUAUAGGCUUCAACAAGACCUAAAGGAAAAACGGACAACAAUUCAAACGAAUAUUGCAUUAAUCGACUUUAAUAUAAACAAAAUUAAUGCACUAAAAAGUGAAUUGGUCAACCAGAAAUCCUUGAUAAAUAAUUUUGAUAUAUUUAUUGAAAAUCUAUCAGAAAUAGAGAAAGAUUUAGAGGACCUAAAAGUGAAAAGUGAAGAGAAAAUAAGCGAAGCUAACGAACUUAUUAGUACCGUCGAUAAAGAGUUAAAGUUGGAAAAGGAAUUAAAUAAACUAGAGUUACUCAGUGAGGAAAUUUUAUCAGCCAUGGAGGAAAAAUUCAGAGAACUUAAGAGGGCGAAAACUAUUAAAAGUGAAUUUUUAAAAGAAGAGGAAGAGCUUAAAAUGUGGAUUAAGGAGUGCGAAUUCAAAAUCGAGGAUCGUUCUAUUUCUCCUCAAUUAUUAAAUAUUACUUUAACACAAAUUCAGCAAGAUAUGCCAAAUCAAUUUGAGAAGUUUGAUAAUUUAUUACAAAAUUCUAGGAUAAUAGAGAAAAAUACAAAAACAAUUGAGGAGAAAAACAAAGUGAAGUCGAUUGUAGCUAAUUUGGGCGACCAAUUAAACCAUCUUAAAUCUUGCUUUGAAGAGAAAAAAGAACAAUUGUCGGGCAUUUUAGAUUCCUGGCAACGAUUUGAGGACUUUUAUAAGCAAGUUUUAGUAUGGAGUGAAGAACAAAGGGAAUUUUUGAAGGAGGAGUUGGAUGUGGGCGAUUUGCAGGAGCUAAAAGGAAAAUUGCAGGUUUACAAUGACUCUGUUAACCGCUGCAAAGAAAUUACGAAACUCCUUAGCCAAAUGGCUAAAGAAUUGGAAUUUAUUGCCAGUGUAGCAACAACAGAAGAUUUACCUAAAAAAAUGGAAGAAGCUGAAGAAAUCAAGACCGAUAUUGAGGCGCAAAUUUUAGAAAGGACCUCAAUUUUGCAAGAAACGUCUGAAGAAUGGGAGCAAUGCGAAAAGAAGUUGAAGGAAGUGCGUACGUGGAUUGAGAAUACUAGAACGGUGUUAGAUUCCGUAUCCAAUAAAAGGAGACCAUUGAGGGACCAACAUGCCCUCAGAGAGAAAUUCUUAGGCGAUGUUCAUAUACAAAAAACCAAAAUUAGACUGUCUAUUGAAAAGUUACAGCUGCACUUCCGAUUGGGUAUAAGAGCCGACCCAAAAGUCACGGAUGCCGUCACAGAACUUAAUGCUGAAUUGGAUCAAUUAGAAGCAACAAUUAGAGAUCAAGCGAGCAAUUUGGAAAAGGCUAUUGCGCAAGUGGAAGAAUACCAGAUGGAAGUUCAAAAACUGAGACAAGAGAUUGCACAGGUUGAGCAGCAACUAAGGACGGCAUCAGCCCCCAACUAUAAGCCAAAUGAUCCAGAUGGGGCUUUAACAGAUCAAGAGGCAAAAAUCGGACAACUGCAAGCUCUAAUAAGAUGCAUGGAUCCCUAUGCUGUGGACCAACCUUCAGUUGAAGAUAGAAUCAGUUAUGCCCAAAUAACUGCCCAGAACCGGUUGAAUCCCAUUUUAUCUACCAAGGACUUAGCAAGUGAAUAUUUGGUCAUGCCAACAAUGGACCAUCAGGAUUUAAACCCUAAAAGGGCGAAAACAACGACUAACGCGUUGACAAAAUUAUCAGUUAAACCAGACUCAACUGGAGUUGACUCCAACACGUCAAAUAAAAACUUAAAUAAACAUAAUACAGCGGUAAUUAAUGCUUCUAAAAAUCCAGCAAUGCCUGAAGUUAUAAGACAUUCAAAUAAAACACUUUCAAUUAAAGAACAAGAUGCUCCUUCUCAAUCCGACAAUUCUAAAAGUGUUCCACAAACCAUACAUUUGAACGAUAAUAAGACUGCGUCGGAAAUAAAUGUAUUAGGAUUAGGUAAACAAUCACAAACAUAUGCGGAUGUUUUAAGAAAUCAACGUCACUCAAUGAAACCCUAUAGCGAUAACACUCAAGCUCAAUUAACAAAAAUAGAUUCGAAAAUAACAGAACUCGAUCAACGAGAGAAUACUAACGCACCAAUAAUGUUAAAAGGCAGCGAAUUCACUGAUCACCCUGCUCAACAUAAAACUUUUAACCAUCAAUUUUUAAUUGAACCCUCUUUAGAAUGUUACGGUGUUCAUCCUUCCAAUGAACAUUUUUUCUCAAAUUAUACUUAUCACGAACAGGACCUAUUUAAACCCAACUCCGCAUACAAUGAUAGCUGGUCAUGUUCUGCAGACAAGUUUGCGAAAUCCUCUUCUUCAACUGAACCUACUGAUAAACCAGCCUUUUCUUGUAUGGAAAAAUCACAACAGUUCUUUUCCUCGGUAGAAGUCGAUCAUAAUUUUAAAGAAGAACUGCCAAAACAGUCCUCAUUUAUAGUAAAAACCAGCCCAGAACCCUACUCUUAUGCACAAAUUGUGACGCUAAAAGGAUCUCAGCCAUCCAGUAUAACCCAAAUUUCGACCCAAAAUGAAUCUUCUACGCUUGAAGACUCGUUUAAGUCACAGAAAGAACACAUUUUGGGUGAACGUACCCCUCGUUCUUUUUCGAAAGAUGCAGGGGUUAUUGAUAAAGCGACAAAAACGAUCGUACGAACGAAUAAUUUAAAUCAGGCAGAGAACACCGAAGAAAUGCCACGCAAUAUUAACAUAAAUACAUCUCAGUAUAAAAACCCAAAGACAAAAGACAUUAUUUCUAUUGAAGAAUGUAAGGAAAUGCCACUGAAUGUUAAGAAAGAACCCUUAAUAGUUGCUGAGCGUGAUCAAGACUCUUUUGAGCUUACUUCACCUAAUUCAAUAGAACAACAUACAAUAAUAAUUGAAAACAAUGGAAAAACACUAAAUGUUGCUAAAGAAAUAACACAUGGCAAUGCAGCCCCAAAAGAUACUGAAAAAGGAUCAAAUGCAGUAAAAACUAUAGAGCCAAUAUCAAAUGUUUCCAAAAAGAAAAGAAAGGGGAAACGUUUAAAAAAUAACGACACUAAAGAAAAAACAAUUAUAAUGGAGCCUGAGCCCAACCAGACUUCAACAAUUAAUAACUCUGAUAAAAAUAAACCUAAAAUUAAAAAAGAUUUAAGCUUAAAUGCAAAUAUUAAUAAUAAACCAGAAGGGAGUUCCAAAGACCAGUUGCCUUCAGAAAAACAGUCUCAUUUUGAAAUUAUUGACAAUUUGUUAUCUGUAAAUUGUCCAAACGAAUCUGUAGAAACUUCCAAAAAAGUACAAUCUAGUAAGUCAAUUACUAAAACUAAAUUGGCAAAAGAGAAGAAACGUAAAGAAAAGAUUUCUUUAAGUGAAAUAAAACUUAAUGACAAAGACCAUUUGUCGAAAACCCACACAUUAAUAAAUGAAAACAAAUGUUCGAAAACUGCUAGUGAAAAUGAAAACAGCAGUAUCAAUUUAUCCACUAAAACUAAAACUAGUAAUACUAGUAAUAAAGAAAAUAACAAGUUUUCUAAUGAAACAAGUAAAAAACUUAAGAAAAAUAAUAGCCUCGCAGUAAAAACAAAAGAUAGUAAGACCAACGACUUAAAAUCUGUGAAUAAAUUAACAUUUAUAACGCACGAAGAAGUUCGUACGAAACCGAUCAUAACACUAAAAAUGGAGUUCAACGAAACUCCUAUUACCCACAUCAUUAAUAAAGAGAAAGAAAUUAAAGAAGAAACCAUGAUUAAUAAAGAAAGCAAUAUUUUAACAGAAGAUAAAUUAGUUGAAACCAAACAUACAGCAGAACAAACAUCAGUCAUUCAAAUAGAAAUUGACUCAAAUAAAAAAGAAAACGAGGAAAAUUCACCUCAAGAAGAUAAUUUACAAAUGAAUGAAGAAGUUGUUAGUACAUCUAUCGAAGUUCCAUUACCAGGGGAUAGUAACUUAAACCAAGUUUUAGGUGAAGAAUCUCUCACACAUCACAUAACUGAGUCUACUAGUGUGCCUACUGAAGGAAUUAUUGACGUUUCUGCUAUUUCUACUCAAAAACAAGCUCUAGAGCAGCUUUCCUCCGAGACACCUCUUGCCAUUAUAGAAAAUCUCAAGAUUGAUAAUGAUGUUUUUAACAAAUCUCAUACUUUAACCGAUGAAAGUCAUAUAGAACAUUUUGUAGCUGAAAGUGAAAAAAAUAUUACAUCAAAUGUCACCGAAAUUACCUCAACAAUGUCAUUUUUGAAUGAAGAAAUUAUAAGUAACAACGUUACAGGAAUGUUAAGUAGCCAGGAAUCAAAGCAGAUAGUUUUAGAUAGAGAUAUUAAACUCAAUCCAGUAAAUAAUGAGAUUCAAACUCAAGAUGAAAUAAAUAUUGAACUAAAAUUAGAAGCCUCAAAUGACGAUAUCGAUUUAAUUCAGAAUAUUGAAGAUACCCGUACCUCUCAAAUUUAUUCAAAAGAGAUACUUGUUGAAGAUAACAAAGAAGUGAGUGAAACAUGUGAGGUGAAACAAAGAAGUAAUGAAACAGAUAAAGCUAAAGAAAGUAAUAUUGUUGAGUCCAAAGAAGACUAUGUGGAACAAGUAAUAUUUGGCUCUGUCAAAAAACGCAAUGAAAAGUUUGAAAAAAUCGAUAUAGACCCGGCUAUCUUUGGAUCGGUUAAAAAUCGACCUAAAAAAGUAAAUUUUAAAAUGCAACAUGAUUUAAUACUGUAUUCUGACCCUUAUACUACUGACAAAAUAUCGGAUGAUUUAGAAAAAAAUAUGGAAUAUAAUUUGGAGGAAGUUAAAUUAUCACAAGAUGUAGAUGCUUCGGAAGAAUUUACUUAUUUGCAAAUGAAAGGAACCAACAAAACAAACGAUCAUGAAGAAUUGACGGAAAUCAACUAUAAAAAAGAUCAAGAAAAUUCGAUAACUCUCACAUCUGUCCAGAAAGUAGAAACGACAGAAAUUCAAAUAUCAAGAAAAAGUUAUGAAGAGAUUUCGGUCAAAACUGAAGAUUCUGCUAAUAAUAUUACAUCAAAAUAUGAUGAAAUAUCCAUAGAAUAUCCAAGAAUUCAAGACGAAGACAUCAAUAUUAACAAGGAACUACUUCAGACGGAAACUAAAGGUCCACAAAGCGGCAAAAAUAUAGAAGAAUCAAUAAUUACAAAUAUUAAAAUAACAGAACCUGAAGUAUUAGGUAAGAAAUCCAAAAAGAAAAACCGAAAAAAUAAAACUUUGAGAGAGGCAAAACCUACUUUACCAGAAAAACCUAAAGAAGAUGAUGAUAUAUCUAUCAAAGAAAAAGUAAGCUUUAUGUCACAAGAGUUGGUAGAUAUUGAAAAAGAAGUUACUACAGAAGAAUUUGAAACCCAAUCAAAGGACAUCGCUCUUAAAAAAGAAUUACUUAAACCAGAAAAUGAAGGCACAGAAAUUUACAAAAAAGGAGAAGAAGAGCCAAAAACCACAAAUAUUAAACAGGAAGAAUCAGAAGUCUCGGGGAAAAAAAUCAAAAAGAGAAAAUCGAAGGGUAAAAGUUUAAAAGUUGAACUACCAGAACCUAAAGAUAACAAAAUAGAAUCUAUAUCUGUGAAAGAUGAAAUAAGCUCUGCAGCUAAAGAAGAUAUCGAAUUCGAAGUGACAAAAACGGAAAGAUCGACAGAACGGUUCGAUGAGAUUACAGACGACACUUUAAAAUACGUAGAACUGCCUACAAUGAAGCUUAAAAUUCAACCGGAACAAACAAUUCUUCAAAAAGAAUUAACUCAACUAGAAAAUGAAAAUGUAGCAGAACGAAAAACUUGUAUUGAAAUAAAAGAAGAAUCAACAAAACCAAUAAUUGAAGUAAAAAAACCUAUACCUGUAACGAUAGAAGAAGAAAUACGUUCGAAAGAUCAGGAAGUUAUCGAAGAGCUAAAGACCGCAAAUAUUGAAAUAAAGGAAGAACUAACAAAACCUACACUUGAGACAGCAGAAUCUGUACCUAUAACGAAAAUAGAGAAAGUAGGAUCCGAAGAUCAGCAUAUUUUGGAAUUACAAACAUCAAAAAGUGAAAUUGUUGAAGAAUCAAGAACUACAGAUAUUGAAGUGAAAGAAGAAAUAUCAAAACCUAAGGUAACAGAAUCUGUAUCUAUAACAACAGUACAGAAAGUGGGCUCCGAAGAUCAGGAAAUUGUAGACGUAGAAUUAUCGAGAAGUGAAAUUGUUAAAGUAUUAAAAACUUCAAACAUUGAAAUAAAAGAAGAAUCAACAAAACCCAUAGUUGAAGUAAAAGAAUCUGUACCUGUAACCAAACACGAAGAAGAAGUACGUUUCGUCGCUAAAGAUGAAGUAACUGAGUCUAUACGUACUACAAAAGAAGAAGUAGGCUUCUUAGCUCAGGAUAUAGUGGAAGUAGAAAUACCGCAAAGCGAAACUGUUGAAGAAAUAAGAAUUACAGAUAUUGAAGUAAAGGAAGAAUUAAUUAAACCUGCAGUUGAAGUAGCAGAAUCUGUACCUAUAAAGAUGGUAGAGGAAGUAGGCUCCGGAGAUCAGCAAAUUAUGGAAUUAGAAACAACAAGUGAACUUGUUCAAGAAUUUAAAACUAAAGAUAUUGAAGUAAAAGAGGAACUAACAAAACCUAAAGGUGAAGUAGCAGAAUCUAUAUCUAUAACAAAAGUAGAGAAAGUAUGCUCUGAAGAUCAGGAAAUUGUGGAAGAAGAUAUAUCGAAAAGUGAAAUUGUUGAAGAAUUAAAAACUUCAAAUAUGGAAACGAAAGAAGAAUUAAUAAAAAGUAUUGUUGAAGUAAAAGAAUCUGUACCUCUAUCAAAAGAAGAAAAAAGAGAAGUACGUUCGACAGAUCAGGAAAUUGUCGAAGAGUUUAAGACUACAAAUAUUGAAAUAAAAGAAGAAUUAACCAAACCUAAAGAUGAAGUAACAGAAUCUGUACCUAUAACGAAAGUAGUGGAAAUAGGCUCCGAUGAUCAGCAAAUUAUGGAAUUAGAAACACCAAAAAGUGAAAUUGUUCAAGAAUUUAAAACUAAAGAUAUUGCUUUAAAAGAGGAACUAACAAACCCUAAAGGUGGAGUAACAGAAUCUGUAUUUAUAACAAAAGUAGAGAAAGUAAACUCCGAAGAUUGGGAAAUUGUGGAAGUAGAAUUAUCGAAAAGUGAAAUUGUUGAAGAAUUAAAAACUUCAAAUAUUCAAAUGAAAGAAGAAUCAAUAAAACCCAUAGUUGAAGUAAAAGAAUCUGUACCUUUAACAAAAGAAGAAGAAGGUGAAGUACGUUCGACAGAUCAGGAAAUUGCCAAAGAGUUAAAGACUACAAUUAUUGAAAUAAAAGAAGAAUUAACCAAACCUAAAGAUGAAUUAACAGAAUCUGUACCUAUAACGAAAGCAGAGGAAAUAGGCUCCGAAGAUCAGCAAAUUAUGGAAUUAGAAACACCAAAAACGGAAAUUGUUCAAGAAUUUAAAACUAAAGAUAUUGAAGUAAAAGAGGAACUAACAAAACCUAAAGGUGAAGUAACAGAAUCUGUAUUUAUAUUAAAAGUAGAGAAAGUAAACUCCGAAGAUCAGGAAAUUGUGGAAGUAGAAUUAUCGACAAGUGAAGUUGUCGAGGAAUUAAAAACUUCAAAUAUUGAAAUGAAAGAAGAAUCAACAAAACCUAUAGUUGAAGUAGAAGAAUCUAUACCUCUAACAAAAGAAGAAAGAGAACCAGCGCGUUCGACAGAUCAGGAAAUUGUCAAUGAGUUAAAGGAUACAGAUAUUGACAUAAAAGAAGAAUUAACUAAGCCUAAAGAUGAAGUAACAGAAUCUUCACCGAUAACGAAAUUAGAGGAAAUAGGCUCCGAAGAUCAGCUAUUUAUGGAAGAAGAAAUGCCAAGAAGUGAAAUUGUUGAAGAAGUACAAACUACAAAUACCGAAAUAAGAGAUGAAUUAUUAAAAUCUAAAGAUGAAGAAACAUCAUUUAUACGUAUAACAAAAGAAGAAAUAAGCUCCGAAGAUCAAGAAAUUGUCAAGGAAUUAAAAACUGCAGAUAUUGAAAUAAAAGAAAAACUAACGAAACCUAAAGUUGAAGUAACAGAAUCUGUACCUGUAACAAAGGAGGAAGAAGUAGGCUCAAAGGAUCAAAAAAUUGUCGAAGUAGAAAUACUGAAAAGUGGAAUCGUUGAAAAACUAAAAACUACAAAUAUUGAAAUAAAAGAAGAACUGACAAAACCUAUAGUUGAAGUAAAAGAAUCUGAACCUCUAACAAAAGAAGAGGAAGUAGGCUUCGAAAAUCUGGAAUUUAUUGAAGUAGAAAUACCAAAAAGUGAAAGUGUGGGAGAAUUAACAACUCUAAAUAUUGAAAUUAAAGAAGAACUAACAAAAAUUAAAGAUGAGUCAACAAGUGAUCAGAAAACUAGAAGAUAUGCGAGCGUUGUGGCAUGUGAACCUUCGAAAAGUGAUUACAAUCAAUCGACAGCAUUGAAAGUUAUACCUAAGAAAGAAGAAGCUCAAGAAACCGUUGAAUUAGCUACAAAAGAUUUCGGAAUGCAAUCACAACAAAUCACUCUCGAAGAGGAUUUAGGUCUAACAGAUACUAAAUUUGAAGAAAAUUGCAAAAUUGAAGCAGAACUAAACACCACAAAUGUUAAACCAAAAGAAUUAGAACUACCCGGAAAAAAAAUCAAAAAGAAAAAAUCAAAAAAUAGAAAUUUAAAAGAAGAGGCAGAAAAACCUAAAAAUGAGCCAAUGGAAUCAAUAUCAAUAUUGGAGGAAAAAUUGGGUAAGCCUGAGACAAAACAAAUCCAAUCAGAAUUACCUUUAUCGAAAAGUAACAAAAAAUUAAGAAGAUAUGCUAGUGUUGUGGCGUCAGAACCUCCUACAAAUGACGAUGAACCGACAGCAUGGGAAGCAAUAGAAUCUUUACCUAUGAAAGAAACAGAACAAAUAAGCUCUAAAGCCCAAAAAACUGUUGAUAUAGAAAUUACAAAGAGUGAAAUGACAACAGACAACAUUAAUAACGUUGGGGUACAAAGUGAUAAAUUACCUACCAAAGACCUUGAAAUUGAAUCGCAACAAGUCGUUUUCAAAAAGGAAUUACUUCUAACAGAGAAUGAACUUACAGAAAGAUACACAAAUGUAGAAGGAUCCAGAAAAGAAAUCAAAAAGAAAAAACCAAAAAACAAAAACUUUAAAGAAGAGGCAGCAAAACCAAUCCCAAUAGUAGAGGAAAAACAUAAUAUGCCUGAAAGAAAACAAAUCCAAUCAGAAUUACCGGUAUCGAAAAGUGAGAAAAAAUUAAGAAGAUAUGCUAGUGUUGUCGCCUCUGAACCUUCUCAGAUUGAUUAUGAAGUACAAUCAGUCAAAGUAGAAAUGCCUAGUAAAAUAUCAACCACAAGUUUUGAAGAAAUUUCAGAAGAAAUUAAAGAUAAUUCAAGUCAGGACAAAAUACCUACAGAAGAUCUAGAAAUCCCAUCCGAACACAUAACUCUCAAAAAAGAAUUGUUUUUGCUAGAAGAAGUUGAACCCGCAAGAAAAACAAACAAAAAGAAAAAACCAAAAAAGAAAAGCUUAAAAGAAGAGAUACAGAAACCCAAUGAUAAUGCGGAAAAAUCUUUACUUAGUCCUAAAUUGAGUGAAAGUUCUAAAAAUACUGAAUCCAUCCCAAUAUUUGAUCAAAAACAGACUUGUGUAUUAUUGGAGGCUGAAAAUAACCAAAUUCAGGCCGAUUUACCCGUACCAAAAAGUAAUAAAAAAUUGAGAAGAUAUGCCAGUGUUGUGUCGUCGGAACCUCCUAAAAGUGAAUUUGAAGAACCGAGAGUACCAAAAGAAAUAGAAUGUAUACCUAUAAAAGGAGAAGAAAUAGGCACCACGACUCAAGGAGAUAAAGAAGUGGUGAAAACUGAAGGUGAUAAUUAUACUCUAAAAUCUGAGGAAGUAUCUACAGUGUGUCCAGAAACACAGCCCGAAUACAUCAAUUCCAAACCAGAAUUACUUAAAACUAAUGAUAUAGUACUAGAAAAGUGUAGUAAUGUAGAAGAUGAAUCAAAAACUGCAAGUCUUGAAUUAAGAGAAGGUGAAACGCAACUAAAGAAAAAAUCUAAAAAGAAAAAACCAAAACACAAGCAUCCAAAAGGAGACCCAGCACAAUCCAAAGACGAAGCUGUAGAAACUUUACCUAGGAAUGAAAAUAUUAGUCAAUUUACAACAAAUAUCAAAAUGAUGCAAAGAACUGAAGAUGAUGAAUCAAUUCCAAUAUUUGAGCAAGAAUUUGUUAUAUGUGAAGAGCCUGAUAAAAGCAUAAUCCAAUCAGAUUCACCCACAGCAAGAAGUGAACCAACUUUGAGGCGAUAUGCUAGUAUUGUAGCAUCUGGACCUUCUAAAAGUGAUGAAGAACGAACAGCACUGAAACUAAUUGAAUCGAUAGAUAUAAAAGAAGAGGAGUGCCUUAAUAGUGCUUUAAUGUCUGAUACAGUACCUACAGAAGGCUUUGAAAUCCAAUCCGGACAUAAUACCCUCAAACCGGAAUUAACUGAACUGCCUGAGAAAAAAUCGAAAAAGAAAAAACCGAAACAUAAACAUUUUAAAGAAGAACCACCACGACAUGAAGCCGUAGAACCUAUAAAUAAAAAUAUUGAAGAAUUUCCAAGAAAUAUAGAUAUGGUUGAAAGGUCUGAAAAUGAUGCAUUUAUUUCAAUACCUGAGCAAGAAUGUGCUAUAUGUGAGGAGCCCGAUAAAAACGUAAUCCAAUCAGAUCUACACGCAGCCAAAAGUGACAAAACAUUAAGACGAUAUGCUAGUGUUGUAGCGUCUGAUCCUCUUGAAAGUAAUUAUAAAGAGUCAACAAGUGAAAUUGUAGAAUUUGUAGCAUCAAAGGCAGAAAAAGAAAUUAGCACUAUUGAUCAAGGAGAUGUCGAAGAAGUGGCGAGAGGUGAAAUAUUAACAGAUUGUUUUGAUGAGAUAGCCCCAACAAUUAAAAAUGAUACUGACAGUUAUGCUUCAAUAUUUGUUACAAUACCCACAGAAGACUUUGAAAUCCAAACCGAGCAAAUCGCUCCCAAACAAGAAUUAAUUGACCUGUCAGGGAAAAAAUCGAAAAAGAAAAAGCCAAAACACAAACGUUCAAAAGAAGAACCAUCAAAACAUAAAGACCAAGCCAUCGAGCUUUCAGCUAUCAGUAAAAACAUUUGGGAAUUCAAUGCAAAUAUUAAUGUGUUCGAAAUAUCUGAAGAUGCUGAAUCCGCCCCAAUAUCUGAGCAAGAAUGUGUUAUAUUUGAACAGCAUGAGAAGAAUGUAAUUGAUUCAGAUUUAGUUGCAACAAAAAGUGAUAAAACAUUAAGGCGAUAUGCUAGUGUUGUAGCAUCUGAACCUCUUGAACGUGAUUUUAAGGAAACGGCAGCGCGGGAAACAAUAGAAUAUGUAGAAGAAGAAGAUAGAGUCAGCACUUUGAUUCCGGUAAAAGCCGAAGAAGUAGCAAGAAGUGAAAUAUUAACAGUUUGUUUUGACGAGAUAACACCAAAAAUUAAAAGUGACACCAAUAUUUAUGAUUCAAUAUCUGAUAAACUACCUGCAGAAGACUUAGAAAAUCAAUUAGAACAAACAACUCUCAAACCAGAAUUAACUGGACUGUCAGAGAAAAAAUCGAAAAAGAAAAAACAAAAAGGUAAACGCUUAGAAGAAAAACCUUCAAAAGAUACAGAGGAUACCACAGAAUCUGCAUCUGGAAAUGCUGAUUUCAUACCAACAUCUGAGCAAGAAUGUAUUAUAUGUAAGGAGCCUGGUGAAGGUGUAAUCCAAUCAGAUAUGCCCGCUAUAAAAAGUGACAAAACGUUGAGACUAUAUUCUAGUGUGUUAGGGUCUGCGCAUGCUGAAAGUGUUAAUAAAGAAUCGGCAGCACCGGAAGCAAAACCAUCUAUAGCGAUAAAAUCAGAGAAAGUCUGCACUAUGUCUUCCGAGUCGCAAUUAAUUGAACUGUCUGAGAAAAAAUCUAAAAAGAAAAAACCUGAAAACAAAAAAGUAAAAGAAGAAACAGCUCAACCUAAAGAUAAUGUAUUCAGACCUGAAAACUUAAUCCAGUCGGACUUACUCGCAACAAAAAGUGACAAAACGUUGAGGCGAUAUGCUAGUGUUGUAGCGUCUGAAUGUCCUGAAAGUAACUAUAAAGAACCUGCAGAACGGGAAACAAUAGAAUCUAUAGCUCUAAAAGGAGAAGAGGAUAUCAUCACAGAAGUAAAGAGCGAUGAAAUAAUAACAGUUUGUUUUGAUGAGAUAAAACCAAAAGAUAAAAGUAAUACCGAUAGUGUUUCAGUGUCUGAUACAGUACCUACAGAGGACUUAGAAAUCCAAUCCGAAGAUGUAACUCCUAAAGACUUAAUCCAGUCAGAUUUACCCGCAAGAAGUGACAAAACGUUGAGGCGAUAUGCUAGUGUUGUAGCAUCUGAAUCUUCUGAAAAUGACUAUGAAAAACCGGCAGCACGGGAAGCAAUAGAAUCCGUAGCUGUAGAAGAAGAAAGGGAAGUAGAUAUGGCUCAAGAAGAUGUGGAAGAAGAGGCAAUAAGAUGCCAAAUCUCAACAGUAAAUUUCGAUGAGAUAGUACCAAAAAUUCAAAGUGAUACUAAUAAUUAUGCGUCAAAAUCUGAUAAUGUACCUAUAGAACAUCUAGAAAUCCAGUGCGAACCUAUUACUUUGAAAGCGGAAUUACAUAAAACAGAAAAUAUUGAUUUAGAACUACACGAGGCUGAACUGUCACAGAAAAAAUCAAGAAAGAAAAAACACAAACGCAUAAAAGAAGAGCAAGUACUACCUAAAAAGGAAGCCAUAGAGCCUUUGAGUAGGGAUGAAAAUGCUGAAUUUAUUCCACAAUGUAUCACUUCCACAUCGGAAAAGGACAAAACGUUGAGAAGAUAUGCUAGCGUUGUAGCAUCUGAACCUUCUAAAAGUAAUUAUGAAUCAAUAGACCUUGAAAACCAAUCGGAAUAUAUUACUUCCAAUCAGGAAUUAAUUGAAGCAGAUAAAAGUUUAGACAGUUUUCUAAAUUUAGAAGAAUUGAAAACUCCAAGUGUUGAACACCAAGAAGCUGAACUGCCAGGAAAGAAAUCGAAAAAGAAACGAAAAAACAAAUGUUCAAAAGAAGCACUAACAAAAUCUAAGGAAGAGAUAAUAGAACCGAUGCCUAUUGAACAAAAUCUUGAGCAAUCUAAGUCCAAUGCCACAUUGGUUGAGAGAUCUGAAAGUGUUGAUUCUAGUUCAAUAUUUAAUCAGAACCUUGUUAUACCAGUUGAGCCUGAGACUAAGCAAAUCCAAUCAGAUUUGUUUGAAUCAAAACGCGACAAAAAGUUGAGAAGAUACGCGAGUGUUGUGGCUUCUGAAAUUCCGAAAAGUGAUGAUAAAGAAGGAAAUGAAAUAAGCUCUAGAGCGCAAGAGAUAUUAGCGAAAAGCCAAAUAUCAGUGGGCUUGGAUGCAAUUUCAUCAGUAACUACAGAAAAUGAAAUACUUGAAAUUCAAUCCGAACAUAAAACUCCUGAAAAGAACAUACUUCCUGAAAUUGAAGAUACAGAAAUUAAUAUAAAUGUAGAAAAAGUCUCGGUAAAGAAAACCAAAAAGAAAAAGUCAAAAGGGAAAAGUUUAAAGGAAGAAAUACCUAAAGAUGAGGCAAUAGAAUUCGUACCUAAGAGAGAAAACAUUGCGCAAUCUACGACCAAUUCCGAAAUAGUCGAGACAUCUGAAAAUGCUGGAUGUGUUAUGUUUGAGGUGGCUGCAAAAGUCCCAGGAGAUUUAGACGUAAUUAAAAAUGACCAUAAAUUGAGAAAAUAUGCCAGUGUUGUGGCACUUGAAUCUCCUAAAACUGUUGAACCAACAAUCCAAGAAGAAAAAAUUAAAGCACCUUCGACAGAAGCUUCUCUAAAAGAUUAUAAGCAAGAGAAACCAGCAACUAUUUUGGACAGUGAAGUGCCUGAUGAGCUAUUAAGUGUAUCGUCUACACAGGUAAAAAUAUCAGAAUGUUCUGAUUUAAAAGAACCAUUGGAAACGGAAACUAUAAAAACAAUAGAAGAAUAUUUUGGAGAGAGCAAUAAUGAAGAAAAUCCAGUCAACGAAAACUUAUUAACGGAACCCACAAGUGUGAUAAAUAACUUAAAAGACAAAUCUGAAAUAAAAUUACUUCAGGAAAGCCAAUUUUCCAUUAACCCUAAGAUAGAUUUUAAAGUUUUAGAGACAUAUUUGGAAUCUAAUAUUAACCAAAAUCCUGAUAAAGAAAAACAUGUUAUUAAACUCAAUGAACCAACAGAGCCACAUAAUGUAAGCAUUUCUUUAGAAGAUUUUAAUUCACUUCAGAGUAUUGAAUCUAAUAAAAUCGAUGAAAACUUAACAAUUGAUCCCACAUAUGUGAUAAAUAAUUUAAAAGACAAAACAGAAUGGAAGUUAGUUCAGGAAGAUAAACAUUCCAAUAGUGCUAAGAUAAACCCUAAAGAACAAGAAAUUGGACAGAUAUUGUCCGAUUCUAAUAUUGUCCAAAAUCAGGGCAAAGAAAAACUGAUGGCAACAAAUAUCAGCACAGUAGAAUCAAACCCUCCUUUGGAAAUCAACUCAGAGUCACAAGAAAAUGUCAAAACAUUUUUGGAACUUAAUGACCAUAACCAGGAUAAAGUACAGGUUGUUACAAAUAUUGAAACAGACCCACAUAUUCUAAAUAUACCUUUAGAAGUUUGCUCAGAUUCAAGUCACUCCAAUGAAGAGUUAAAUCAAGUUAAGAAACCUUUGAUAGAUCAGGAAGAAAAAUCUUUAGACAAUCCCCCAGAAACUUCAUGCGAAGAAAUGCAAAAAAAUCUUGCCUUAGAAGAUUCAGAAAAUGCGCCUGAAUUUCUCAAAAAGCAAGAGGAAACGAAAAAAGACUGGACCUGGGAUGAAGGCUUUCAGAUCGCUGAAGAGCCUAUAAAUAAGGACACCUUAAUUUCAAUUCCAAACCACUUUAAUGCUCAAGUACCAAAAAAUAUUUUAGAAAUAUCAUCUUUAACUUUAAAUGAGCCAGUAAUAGUGACCACUCCCACAUUUGACUUAGAAGAAACCUCAGAGCAAGUUGAGCAGUCUUCUAGAUGGGAUUGGGAAGACGGAUUUCAAGAUUUCAGAUCACAAGAAAUAGUUCAAGAAGUCGCAGACAUGUCUAAAGCAGACGACUUCAAAAAAUCAUCUGAAUCAGUUCACACGGUUCAAAAAUCUGAAGAUGCAACAACUAUUACGACCUGUACUAUCGACCAGAAAAUUGACGUCAGUCCUAAUGAGAAACCUGACAGUUUUAAGGAUAGUUCAGUUAAUUUGUCUGAAGAAACUAUGAGCAAUUUUACUGAGAGGAUGGAGGUAGCUGAAGGUGGAAACUUUAAACAUCUAUAUCAGUCGGUUUAUGUGGAAGACAGUGUUAUUUAUUAUUAUCUUCCCAGUUUGGUAAAUGCUGAAUCUGAAUGGUAUGAACAUUUUAGUGAAAAACAAUCAGAACCUAACAUUAAGGAAUUGCCCUUAGAUAAUGCUUUGUCUUAUGAGCCCGAAAAGAAGGAACAGGUUCUCCGUCAGGAGGGCAUGGAAAUUUCUCAACAAAUCAUGGAACCUUUGGAUACAUCCACGUUAUCUAAUGUUCAUCAAAGUAAUCCCGAGAUAUCAGAAACAAAUGAAAACCUUAGUCCUUUAGAAGUUGAAAUGAUUCAGUUAGAUGACCAUAUAAUAUCUUAUUACCUACCAAGAUUGAUGGAUGCUGAAAGGAAGUGGCAUGAGAGUUUAGCAUUGAGCAGUACUAAACUACCAACGUAUGAUAUUUUAACUGAAAAUCCUGAGAAAAAUCUUCAAAAAGAUAAUGAGAUUGUAGAUAAAGAAAGAAUGGAAAUUCCUGAUCGAAAUGUGGAAAAUUGGGCAUUGCCUUUAUACUCCUCAUCAGAAUCUAGCAAUCAGGGACAGGAAGAAUUUCUACGUAAUGAAAGAAUGAAAAUUCUUGAACAAAACGUGUUAUUACAUUCGGAAAAACUUUCACAAUCAAGCGAGAAAAUCAUUACCGAAAGGACGGAAGAGGUUUUACUUAAAGAUAAAAUGGAAUUCUCUAUACCAAAUAUAAAGCUAACCUCCGAAGAAGAAAAUAUUCUAGAUCAAGGUUUAAUGAAAAUACCUGAACACAAUAUGGAAUAUAGAGAAGCAUUAACUGUGGAGAGACUAUCAGAAUCUGAAGAGACCGAGGAACUUACCUCCGAAAUAAAAAAAGAACUACCUAAAGAGACGAUGAACAUUUCCGAACAUAAUAUGAAUGGAACUAAACAAAGUCUUAUUUCCGAGACGAAGCAAGAUGUAAUGUAUCAGGAAAUAAUUAGAAUUCCUAAAGAACAACACAUCGAAUCUAGGGCAUUAUCCUUGGAUGUAUCUGAGAUAUCAGAUUCAAGUAAAAAGCCACAUGUUGAAUUAAUUCAGUUUGAAGACAAUCGUAUGUCUUAUUAUCUUCCAGCUUUAAUGGAUGCUGAGGCUAAAUGGUAUGAGAAGCUUAUCACAAAGCAAAGAGUAAUAAGCACUGAAGAACUGCCUGCAAACAUUACUUUAAUUCAAGAACCUGAUAAAAAUCUGAAAGAAGAUAAAGUGGUUGAAAAGAAAAAAUCACAUGAAAAUGAUGGGCAAGCUUCUUUGGAUUUAAUAAGAGUUGAGUCCGCAGAUACUGUAUAUACCAAUGAAACUUUUAAACAGGCUGAAGUUAAAGAGGACACACGUAAAGAAAUCUUAGACUGUACUAUGACUGCUUUAUUAGAAUCACUUUAUUUGGAAGCCAAUGCUAUCCAUUAUUAUCUUCCAGAGUUAAUGGAUGCUGAAACUAAAUGGUAUGAGAAGAUGUACGAUAAGGAACUGCUUUUAAAUGAUACUGCAAUUCAAGAGCCUGAGGAAAUCGACAUAGAUCUUAAAGAAGUACAGAGAGAAUCAUACGAGACUUCUGAACAAGAUACAGAAAUUACUACAUGUGACACACUGGACGACAUUAAAGAUACCAAUAAAGAAGAAAUUGAUCAGGCUGAUAAGGAAGGCAUAAAAACGCCCGUGCAAUAUUUAAAUAUUGACUAUACAGAAAUACCCUUGGCAGAUAACCUUGAACAUUUUAAGAAAGCUGAGAUUUUAGAUUCGAUAACAAAAUAUACUUCCCAAGUAGAAAAUAUCGUAACACCGGCAGAAGAAGCUUUAUUAACUAACGUUUCAUAUGAAUCAAUAAAUGAUUUAAACAAGAAAGAAGAAACUACACAAAAAGAACUCGGUGAAGAAAUUAUGACAGUUGAUGACUAUCAAUUAGAUGAAGAAUAUAAAAUGAGCUUAGGUGCAACGAUAUCCAUUUCUUCUUCCAAUUUAUCGCCAACAUCUCCAGAAUUCGUUCCGAUAUCGCAGUUUGAAAAAAUUGUUGCUACUGCCCAGGAAUUUAUCCCCAAAGUUGCGUCUUCAUCGUUAAACCCUGACGCAAUCGAGUUUGUACCUACUGCAUCAACAACAGUGUGCCAAACCGGAUUAAUUAUCGAGCCAUUAUGGCAAUAUAGUGAACUAAAGGUAGAUGAAGUAGAAGAAAGCUUAGAGAUCCCUCCGGAUCAUGCUAGCAAUAUUUGGGUUACAGAGAUGCUUCGAGAUGAAGAAGACAAAAAUGACAUUCUUUAUCAAGAUGAACAGCAGCUUAAUGUAUUUUCUGAACAGGUUAUACCAGAAACCAAAAGUUUGGAAGAGAAUGACCCAAUAAUACUUAAUAAAAAUAUAACUUUUGAUGCAACACAUGUUGAUAUUUUGAGUGCUGGGUUUUCAGAUGAACACAACGUACAGUCUUAUAAAGAAAUUAUAUCAAAUAAAAUUCCUUUUAAAGGUGAUGACAAGGAAGCUAUAAAUGUGUUAAGUUCUAUGGAAAAAGAUAACACUGUUAAAGAAAAAGAACAGAUGGUAAAAGAGAUAUGUACUCCAUCUACUUCCAUAACGUGGGCAACAAUAGCUGCCAAAAAUAGAGAUUGUUCUCCCAAAUCACAAAAAGAUUCUUCUCCUAAGUUAGUAAAAGAUCCAUCUUCUCCUAUAGCUAAUAUUCCGGAUGUAAAGCAAGUAAACAUUAAAGGUACAGAUGACAGUUCUAAAGAUCUAGAGUUUUUCGUGGCGCCUCAAAAAGAGAAUUCUUACUUUUCAACUGAUUUGGAGGUUAAACUAAAAGAAUCCAACGAAAAAUAUUUGGCAGAAAAUGAAGAAAGAUUUAUAGAGCCUUUUAAAACCAGAAAGAGAUCACCGAAAACUAAAAUGUUUAAAGAAAAGGAAAUAAAGACAUCAAAGAAAUCCAGUAACGAUGUUGUCCCUCAUCCAGAAGAUUUACUGAGAACAAAAGAAGUGUUUGAUGUUACGGAAAAUGCUACUGUGAUUAAUGAACCCUCUGACAGCAAAAAUACUUUGGGUAUAGAAAAUCUUUCCACCGAUGAAAAUGACGUCAUAAGUCUAGUUAAGGAAGGACUGACCAGUAAUAUACCUACCUAUGCAGACAUCGCGGCUUGUAGUAGGAAAAGUCCUCCUUUGGAAAAAGUAGAUUUACACACCGAACAACUCGAAUCUACUAUUAAAACUGUGAUUGUUGCGCCCACAGAAAAGGAGAUCAAAGUUAUAGAAAAUUCCAGAAAGUCACGAAAAAGAAGAAAAUCUCCUAGAUAUAAGGCUACUAGAAAAGAAAGUAGUAAUGAAAGUUCUCCUAAUGACAAAGAAAUAAUUUCAGAUGUUAUAAAUGAACAGAAUGUGGAAGCAAAUGUUAGCAAACCAAAAGAAACCGAACAUCCUCAAAUACUUACUCAAAAUUUAGAUGAAGCAAUUGUAAAAGAUACCGCAACUUCGAAAAUGACAUGGGCAAAAAUUGUUGCUUCUAGUAGGGACAACUCUCCUUUAAUAAAAGAUUAUUCAGCAGCUAAAGAAAUUAAACCUAUUAAUUCAGUCGUUCCAAGUGGAACACAUAUUGAUACAAAUGUUUUAAAGAAGAGCGAUAUCACAGAUAAAAAUGUUGAAUGUUCAAAAACCAAUAUUUCCCGUGAUAAUGUUGACAUAAGUUUGAGACAAAAAAAUGCAGAAUUCAGUAGAGUUGAGUUGGAAACUCCCAAGGAAAAAACUAAGGAGAACAAAGAAAUUGUAGAAAAUACAAGAAAGUCACGGAGAAGCAGAAAGUCUUCUAGACAUAGCGCAACCAGAAAUGAAAAUAGUAAUGAAACUUCUCCCAAUGCCGAACAAGCUAUUUCAAAUAUUAUAAGUAAGCAGAAUAUUGGAGAAACUGUGAGCGAAGAAAUCUCUAUUAAAGAAGAAACCGAAAUUCCUCAAAGAAUAAACGAAUAUUUAGACGAAUCAGUUGUAAACGAUACAGUUAUUUCAUCUUUCAAAAUGACGUGGGCAAAAAUUGCUGCUUCGAGUAGGGACAGCUCUCCUUUAUUAAAAGAUAAUUUGGCAAAUAAAGAACCGAAACCUGGCAAUACAGUUGGUUCAGGGCUUUCUACAAGUGGGGCAUAUAAUGUUUUGCAGAAGGGCGAUAUUACAGAAAAAAAUAUUGAAUAUUCACAGAUUUGUCAUGAUAACGUGGACUUAAGUUUUGGAGAAAAAAAUAAGGAAUUCAGUAAAGUUGAGGUGAAAGCACCCAAGGAAAAAACUAAGGAGAAGAUAAAAAUUGUAGAAGAUUUCCAAAAGUCACAGAAAAGGCGAAAAUCACCUAGACAUAAUGCAACCAGAAAAGAAAACAGUAAUGAAGGUUUUCACAAUUCUGAAGAAACUUUCGAUUUUAAAAAUAAGCAGAAUGUUGAAGAAAAUGUGAUCGAGUCUAAAGAAAUUCUUAUUAAAAAUGAAACCGAAGAUUUAGAUGAAUCCGUUGUUAAUGAUACAGUAACUGCAUCUUCUGAAAUGACCUGGGCAAAAAUUGCCGCUUCUAGUAGAGACAGCUCCAUUUUAAUAAAAGAUAAUCCGGCAAUUAAUGAUCUGAAAUCUGUGAAUACAGUCGUUUCAGGACUUCCUCCAAGUGGGGCACAUAUUGAUACAAAUGUGUUACAACAGGACGAUAUUACAGAAAAAAAUAAUGAAUUCAGUAAAGUUGAGUUGGAAACACCCAGAGAAAAAAAUAAGGAGAAAAUAGAAAGUGGAGAAGAUUUCCAAAAGUCACAGAAAAGACGAAAAUCUCCUAGACAUAACGCAACUAGAAAAGAAAACAGUAACGAAAGUUCUCCCAAUGCUGAACAAACAGUUUCAAAUAUUAUAAAUAAACAGAAUAUUAAAGAAAAUGUGAGCGAACCUAAAGAAAUCUCUAUUAAAGAAAAAACCGAAAUUUCUCAAAGAAUUAACGAAAAUUUAGAUAAAUCAGUUGAAAACGCUACAGUAAUUUCAUCCUCUCAAAUGACGUGGGCAAAAAUUGCUGCUCCUAGUAGAGACAGCUCUCUUUUAUUAAAAGAUAAUCCGGCAAUUAAGGAGCCCAAACCUGUAAAUACAGUCGUUGAAGAAACUGAAGAACCAACUUCAGAUAUUAUAAAUAAACAGAAUGUGGAAGAAAAUGAUAGCGAACCUAAAGAAACUUCUAUUAAAGGAGAAACCGAAAUUCCUCAAAGAAUUAACGAAAAUUUAGAUAAAUCAGUUGAAAACGUUACAGUAUUUUCAUCCUCUGAAAUGACGUGGGCAAAAAUUGCUGCUCCUAGUAGAGACAGCUCUCUUUUAUUAAAAGAUAAUCCGGCAAUUUGGGAGCCCAAACCUGUAAAUACAGUCGUUGAAGAAACUGAAGAACCAACUUCAGAUAUUAUAAAUAAACAGAAUGUGGAAGAAAAUGAUAGCGAACCUAAAGAAACUUCUAUUAAAGGAGAAACCGAAAUUCCUCAAAGAAUUAACGAACAUUUAGAUAAAUCAGUUGAAAAUGUUACAGUAAUUUCAUCCUCUGAAAUGACGUGGGCAAAAAUUGCUGCUCCUAGUAGAGACAGCUCUCUUUUAUUAAAAGAUAAUCUGGCAAUUAAGGAGCCCAAACCUGUUAAUACAGUCGUUGAAGAAACUGAAGAACCAAUUUCAGACAUUAUAAAUAAACAGAAUGUGGAAGAAAAUGAUAGCGAACCUAAACAAACUUCUAUUAAAGGAGAAACCGAAAUUUCUCAAAGAAUUAAUGAAAAUGUACAUGAAUCAGCUGUAAACGAUCCAACAAUUUCAUCUUCCGAAAAUACGUGGGCAAAAACUACUGCUUCUAAUAAGCACAGCUCUCCUUUGUUACAAGAUAAUUCGGAAAUCAAAGAACCGAAACCAGUGAAUACAGUCAUUUCAGGGCUUCCUACAAGUGGUGCACAUAUUGAUAGAAAUGUUUUAAAACAUGACGAUGUUACAGAGAAAAAUAUUGAAUGUUCAAAGACCGACAUUGCCUACGAUAAUGUUCACUUAAGUUUUACAGAAAAAAAUAACGUUUGCAGUCAAGUUGAGGUAGAAACACCUAAUAAGAAAACUAAAAAGGAAGAUAAAUCACCAGAAGUAGCAGUUAAAGAAAAAUUAACUGAAACAACUAAAGUUUUAGAGAUUACAAAACAAAGUGAAGAAAUAUCAUUACCAAAAGUACUAGAAGAAACCGGACUGCAUUUUAAAACAACCUACGUUGACGCUGUAGGUUCUCCAUUUGCACAAAACUUGACGGAAACCAAAUUAGAAAAAGAUGAAAGCAUCCUUAAAAAAGCAGAAAAUUCCGGAACGAUAAUUAAGGUUAUACCUACACCAGAACGGGAUGUAAAAGUAUCGAAAGAAGAUGUAGACUCUAAGAGCCACACUGACGAAAACAUUUUAUUUAAAAAUAUGGCACUAGAAAACUGGUGGAUUUCCAAAAGCAUAUAUGAUGAAGCAGAAGAGCUGUGGAUAAUCAAAAACCUUGAAUGUACUUCCUCCCAAGACAAUGACCAAAAUAUACAAAAUCACUCACCAGACGAUGACUUAUUUCCUGUUCCAACUUCUCCUUCUAAUCCUUCUCCAUUAGGGCCCCAAAUGCAGCCAUCGUGCGAAGAGAUAACUUUCGCCGUCUCCAGCGAACAACAACGCAAAAAGGAUCUGACGCUUGAAGUCGAUAAACUGCAAACCAAGCUAGAAGAUACAGAGUCCACCAUCGAGUGUCUAAACAUACCUCAAGAUGGGUUUGAGGAAAUGUUAGAAGCCCUAAAGACGAUCAGCAACGAAUUGAAGAAACAGUCCGCCGAAGCGAUUAAACUCGAGGGACAGAUCUUGCAAAAUUUAAGAAGUGAGUUUGAGAGUGGUGAACUAACUGUUCAAUUGGCCGCCAUUCGUACCCGAAUAGCAACUUUAUUAUCGCAAGCUGAAAACAGCCGUCUACUUGUUACGAACACUCAAGCAGCCCAGAAUAAAAAACUCGAACAGUUCCAUCAGUACGAAGAGCUAUUGAAUCAAAUAGAAAUUUGGAUUAAAUCUACUAAUCAGAUAAUUAGUCAAUUUAAAGUGCCGACAGAGAUUACAAAAGUGCAACUAGAUUCAACCCAAUUUGAAGAACUAAGACAAGAGUUAACCCUCAAAGAGCAGACUUUAGCUGAAUUAAUAUUUACUUUAAAUAAAUUUAGAUCUUUCCCGAAUUUAAAGCCUAGUAUAGAUACACUGUUUGAUCGUCUUCAAUCUAUAGAGAACGCCUUUAAAGAGCAAAAAGAAUUUUUCGAUAGGACACUUGAGGUACUUAAAGCAAAGUUAUCUAGUAGUGUCGAGCAUCAAGUCGAAUUUAAUACAACGGAAACUCAAACUGGAAUAAGUUUGGAAUCGAGUCCGCGAGAUGUUCAGAUUCAGACUGUCUUGAGCGAAGAAUUGGCACAAAAAGAAGCGAUUUCUGUUCAAAAAAAAUCUGCUGAAGGUGAAGAUAUAAUCGAAAUACAAACAAAAAUGGCUGAGCCUAUUGUUGAGGAACCCGACGAUAAUGAUUUAUUGGUGGAAGCCAAUUAUUCCGAUCAAUUAUCCUCAUUAAAUAUCAUCAACCGUAAUCAACCAUUUGAAACGAUAUUAGUAGGACCUGAUGAAACUUCUACAGAGGUUAUAGUUGAUUCAGACGGUACCAAACGUGUUAUCGUUAAAAAACUACAUCGCACAAUAGUUCGAAAGCAGGAGUCUCAGUUUUCCUCACUCGAAACAAAAGAUAUUAAAGAUUCACAGGACCAAUGUCAAGAUUUAACAGUUGUGGGAAAGGAAUCUACUUCAGCAUUUCAUAAAAAAGAAGAUUUUUCGAAUUUACUUCUGGAUAAUAUGGGGCCGUUAGAUGAAGCCAAGUUGACCUUAGAAGGUUUAGGAACCGUUCAUAUGUCAAGUUCAAGCGUUAAAGCUGUAGUGCAAAAAGUAACUCGUAAAAUUAUCCGAAAAACUCGCAGAAUUAUUCGAAAAAUUGUUAUUAUUGAUGGAAAGGAACACAUAACCGAGGAAGUAGUCGAGGAGCCUGAAGAGGUGGAGAUAACUGAAGAGGGAAUUCCUCGUGUUAGCAUUAGUGUACUUCGAACUGAGGAUGGCCGAGUUGUAGAAGACAUACAAGAAGAAAAACCAGUUAACGAGGAAUCAGAUAUGAAGAGGUAUGACGUAGAAGAACUAGUAGUACCUGUAGAACCCGUAGAAACUGUGGAAUUUGAGUCAGUGGAAACACAAGAUUUGCCUGUAGAAACAGCCAAAAAUGUUUUCGAAACAACUGAAAUAGCACAUUCAACAAAUGUAAUACACCACCCAAUAAAACCAGCAGAAGCACAUACAAGUAUUGUAGAAUUUAUUACUCAAGAAAGAGCACAUACAGCACCUAACGCACCUACUGAAACGGAAACAACGGAUACAGUGGAAGCACCUAUUUUGAUUUCUCAAGAGCAGCUUCAAAUGCAAGAUACUCACAUUACAGAAUUUAUUUCAGAUAAAGCUUCACCUCAUACUAAAGAAGAAUCUGCUGAAUCAACGUUACCUCUAGAACAAAUUACAUCUUAUGGCUUAAAAGAAGUACACUCUACUCAACAACAGAAAGAAAUUUCAUCCACGGAAAGAGAUAUCAAGGAAAAUGUAAAUAUAGUUAAUAUUAAUUUAGAACCUAGUGACUCUCUAGAACCUUUAAGUGAUCCUCCAAAGGACUUAAGGAGCUCUAGUGAAAAUAUUGUGAUUGAGAAUUUAUUAAUUUAUCCCAAAGGAGUUGAAUCUGAAACACCUAAGAAAGCAUUAAAACAAGAAUAUAGCCAAGGUAAAGCUCAAGGUCCUACUAUCCUUAUUAAGGAAGAUACAUUAAAAGAAGAUCAUAAAACAAUAUCCGUGCAACCUGCAGAAACCACAGUUUUUACCAGUGAAGGCAAAGAGCGAGAUCCGGAAAAUGUACAAACAAAAAUUGAAUCGGAAACAAUUGAAGAAGUGACAAAAUCUAAAGAAAACCUGGAAGAUAAAGAACCAGAACGUUAUUCACAAAAUGUACAAGGAAAAAUUAAAUCGGAGAUGUUGGUGGAGUUCUUAGAAGAUCUCAGAAAACCCGAGACUGUUAGUGACAAAGUUGUGUCAGAAAGCUUAGAAAAUACAGGAGAAUUGCUGGCACAAAUUGAAAGUGAUUCAUCAACAUAUGUUGUAGAAGCACCCAGAAAAUCUGUUGAAGAAGAAGCAGAAAGUAUUGUGACGGAAAAUGUACUGUUAAUAGAUAAAGAGCAAGGUUAUCCAGAAAACGUGAACGAAAAUGUUGAGACCAAGAUAUUAAAAGAAGUUUUGAAAGAACCUGAGGCCCAACAAAUAGAGACUAUUAAUGUACACGUUACCCCACAAGUUCUAAAGGAUAGAGAACUGGACGAUAAUUCAGACAGUGUGCCGAAAAAAAUUGAAACGGAGACCGCAGAAGAUAAUUAUCCAGAAAAGGUACAGGAAAAAGUUCUAUUAGAAAACCUGAAAGAUAAAAAGCCAGAUCAAGAUCCAGAAAUUGUACAUGUGAAUAUUGAAAAAGAGACCCUAACAGAAUUUUUGAAAGAACUCAGAAAAUCUGAAGAAAGAAAAGUAGAGGUUGCUGCUGAAGCUGUACCAGAGAACCUGAAAAAUAAAGAGCAAGAUGAAUAUUUAGAAAAUAAACAGGAACAAGUAGUAACAGAAACAUUAACCGAAGUUUUGGAAGAACCCAGAAAAGUUGACGAUGAAAAGACUGAGAUUAUUAACACAGAAGUUCUACCGGAAACCCUGAAAGAUAGAAAGCUUGAUCAAGAUUCGGAUAUUGUACGUGUGAAUAUUGAAAAAGAGGCAUUAACAGAAUUUUUGGAAGAACUCAGAAAAUCAGAAGGAAGAAAAAUAGAAAUUGCUGCUGAAGCUGUACCAGAGAACCUGAAAAAUAAAGAGCAAGAUGAAUAUUUAGAAAAUAAACAGGAACAAGUGGUAACAGAAACAUUAACCGAAGUUUUGGAAGAACCCAGGAAAGUUGAAGAUGAAAAGACUGAGAUUAUUAACGCAGAAGUUCUACCGGAAAGCUUGAAAGCUGAAAAGCUAGAUCAAGAAUUUUUAGAGGAAAUCAGAAAAUCUGAAGAAGGAAAAAUAGAGGUUGCUGCUGAAGCUUUAUCAGAGAACCAGAAAAAUAACGAUCAGGAUGAGCGUCUAGAAAAUAUACAGGAAAAAGUGGUAACACAAACAUUAAAUGACGUUUUGGAAGAACACAGAAAUCCUAGAGAAGAAAUAAUAGAGAAUAUUGAUCAAGAAGUUCUACCAGAAGCCCUAAAAGAUAAAAAGCCAGAAAUAAAAUGUGAAAAGGAUACACCAACAGAAUUGUUGGAAAAAGUCAGAAAAUCUGAAGAAGGAGUAAUAGAGAUUACCACUGAAGCUGUACCAGAGAAAUAUCAAGAACCGGCCAAAUAUCUAGAAAAUGUACAGAAAAUAAUGGUAACGGAGACAUUCACAGAAAUUUUGGAAGAAUCCAAAAAAAUUGAAGAAGGAAACCCAGAAGUUAAGGCAGAAGUUCAACCUAAAACCGUGGAAGAUACAACAACUGAUCGGGAUUCACAAAUUGCAACUGCUCAUAUUACAAAGGAGGCACUAACAGAAUUUUUGGAAGAACUCAGAAAAUCUGAUGAAAGUAAAAUAGAAAUUUCUGCCAAAUCUGUAAUAGAGGACCUUGAAAAUAAGCAGGAUCAAUAUUCAGAAAUUAUACAGAAAAAAGAGGUAAUAGACACACUAACGGAAGAAGAACCCAGAAAAGUUGAAGAAGAAAAAACGGAGAUUAUUGAGGAAGAAAUUCUAUCAGAAACCCUAGAAAACCGAGGCGAGAAAGCAAAGAUUAUUGAGGAAGAAAUUCUACCAGAAACCCUAGAAAACCGAAGCGAGAAAGCAGAGAUUAUUGAGACAGAAGUUGUACCAGAAACCGUGGUAGAUAAAACGACAGAUCUGCAAAUCACACAUGCGCCUAUUGCAAAGGAGACACUAACAGAAUUUUUGGAAAAACUCAGGAAAUCCGAAGAAGGAGAAGUAGAUAUUAUUAAGGCAGAAGUCCUACCAGACACCCUACAAGAUAAAGAGCCGGAUCAUGGUGUAACAGAGAACCUUAAAAAUAAAGAACCAUCUGAAUAUCUAGAAAACAUACAGAAACAAGUGGUAACAGAGCCAACAGAAUUUUUAGAAGAACCCAGAAAGGCAGAAGUAUCAGAAACUUUAGAAGAUGAGUGCAAGAAAAUACCGAAUGAAAAAAUUACAGUUUUGACAUCAGAAGGGGCAAAUCAAGAGGAAAUAAUUCAUGCAUCAACUAUUCAACAUCCGUCUGACAAUGUUACCAUACAUUUAUCGUUGCAAGAAAUAAAAAGUACUCCGAAAUUAAGUAUCGAAAAAGAAAGUACAGAUGUAGUAGAAAUGAAAGAAAAAAUGGACAAAUGCAAAGAAAUAGAAAAUCAGCCAGAAAAAAAUAAAGAACAGAGUACAAAAGAGGAUGAAGUGAAAGUAGAAAUAUCUAAGAAAAGCGAAGAAGAAAAUCAAGAAGAACAAGGCAUAGUGGAAAAGGAACUGAAGAUUAAGGAAAUAAAUGAAGAAAGGCAAGAGCUAAAGGAAGAGGAGAAAGAAUUUAAGCAAGAAAUAAAAUGUGAUGAUACACAAUUAGAAAGUAUCUCUGAGAAAAAGACAUCUGAUAUAGUCAUAGACGAAGAAAAGGACGACAUUGAAGAUAAAGAGAUUGUAGUUGAAGUGAUAAAAGAAAAAGUUGAGGGUUCUGAUGUGUCUUCUUUGGCUCUUUCCACGGAAAUUGAAUUUUCUGACUCAGAAAUAUCAGAGAAGACUCCCAAACCUACUAUGGAAGAUUUUAGCGUAGCAACAUCAAGCGAUUUAAGCCGAGUUUCCGGAUAUGAAGCCGAUAAGACACUAGGAGAAAGCCUGGGAGAAGAAAAGCCUGAAAAACAGCGAAAAAGAGUGAAAAAACGUGGUCAAAAAAUAAAAGUCAAGGCAGAAGAAGAAGAGUCUUUAGUGCCACAAAGUGAGUCAGAACAAGAAAAACCAAUUAAAAAACACAAAAAGAAAAACAAAAAAAGACAUGAGGCAGUAAUGACACAGACCUCGGAUGCCUCCAAUGAAGAUACAAAAUCGAAUGUAUUGGUAGAAGCUUUGUUAGAAGCGCGUGACGAGGAACUUCAAUCGAUUCAAGACUCUUAUCAUACAAUUUCCUCUUCAUCAGAAGUUGGAACUGUCAAGAUUAUUGAGGAACAUGUCUUAAAAGAUGAUGAAAGUAUAGUUCAUGACAUACCAAAAGAGAUAGUCCAUUUGGUGCCUGUUAUGGAGACAUCAAUUACUCAAGAAAGGGAAAUUCAAACUAUGGAGCAGGAACCAACAAUACAGUUGCCAACAGAACAUGUUGUUUGUGAAGAGAUGCAGAUCCAAACGUCACCGGACGCAGUUAUGGAAAGCGGUACUCAAGUCGACGAAAUUAUUAGCUUAGAAAAAGAAAUCUCCGUCAGACCAGAAACGGAAGAAAUUGCUUCCCAAAUCACAUGCGAACAGGCAGAAAGUUUAACUCAAACUUCACCACUUCCUUUGGAGAAUGUGACUACUGAACAAAGUGAUGCUUUUAUUCAAACUAUUACUUUAGAAACCUUAAACAAGGACGUACAAGCUGUCAUAAAAGAAAACCAGGAUGUUAAAACAAGUGAUUCGUUCGUACAAACUCCAAUUAAAGAAUUGCAAGAAGACGAAGUUCAGACUGAUAAACUUAAAAUGGAAAAUGUUGCGUCUGAAGCUUUUAUAGAAAUGGAAAAACGGGAUGCGCAAACUUCUCCUAUAGAAGAGAAACAAAAGACACGGAAGGAAGAAAAAGAACUCAAAGAAAAACAAGACGUUUUUGUGCAAACAACUGCCACUUUAGUUCAAGAUAUGGCAGAUAAUUUGCCUGUAUCUCCUCCCUCGAAUAAGGAGGACCAAUAUGAAGUUCACGUUCAGAUGACCAUCCCAGUACAAGAAAAUAUCCAUCUAGAGAAACCUACAUUUACCUUGGAAGAAUCCGAAGAUUUCAAUGUUGAAGUAGAAUUGGAUAGCAAAAAUCAAUUUUUAACAUCUAGUCAGCAGGCUGUUAAAGAUGAUUUAGCUGAAGUCGAGCAAGUUAAGGCGUUUGAAGAAAAACCAGAAGUUGCAAGCAAGAAAGACAUACAGGAAGAUGAAUUAUUGAACAAUACAAAAACACAUGAAUCUGAUGCUUCAGUUCCUUUAAAAGUAGAUUUAACUAUGAGUGAAGGACCUUUAUUGCUCCCAGAGCAAUUAAUUAAAAAGGGACUCGAGCUUCAAGAAGAAAUUAUUAAAAGUUCGAAAACUAAUAAACGGGAACCAUCUAAAAAGGCAACUGGUAAACCAGUUAAUGAUGAUAUCUCAACUUUAUCAGAAGAAUUUAUAAAAUCAGAGUCACUAGAAGGUACACAAGAAUCCCAAUCGUUAAUUACUGAACCCGAUUUAUCACCAAUAAAACCUCAAGGUGAUACUCACCUAAAGUAUGAAGGUUCUGACAAAGAACUAGGUAUCAAAAAAACAAAAUACUCGGUAGAAUCAAUAGAAGUUUUACAACCUGCUGAAGAAACUAAAAAUACAAAUGUGUUUGAGGAAUCGUCAAGUCCAGUGGAUGAUUAUUAUUUACAUAAAUCUCAGACUUUAGGUAAAGAACCAUUAAAAUCAAAUAAAGGAGUGGUUAUGACAUCUGAAUCAAAUGUAAAAUUGGAGACUGAAGAUUACAAAAUGCCAUCUUCUAUUGACACAAUAAACCUUGAAGUUACUGAAUUGGAACCAUUAAAACCUAGUGAACAAUUAAUGAAAGAGUCAAAGGUUUCAUCGAAAGUUAUUACCGAUCUUGAUCACAAUAAAAUUAAGCAAUUAAUCUCACCAGAGCAAGGUGAAGAUGUGAACUUAACUCUUGACGUACAAGUGACAAAAACUGCAACAGACUCUCCGUUGGGUAUUGAAAUCUUUACAAAAGAUACGUUUACUGUCAAAGAAGAAGAACAAGAAGUAGUCCCACAAUUGGCGACUUUUACGGUCGAGUCAAUUAUAACUGAAGCGGAAUUUACGCAAGCCACACCAACACGUAAAGAUGAUAUUAAAGAACCUAAUUUGAUUGAUAAUGUAACAUUAACUGAAAGCUUUUUAACUAAAGAAAAGCAACAUAUUGAUGAUGAAAUAGUUAUUAUAAAUGAUACACCGGUUAAGAUCGAAGAACUGGUAGACAGUCACUUAAAUACCCAUCAACAAGAAGAAAAACAACGCGACGACUACGAACAGAAACACGAAAACACCGAUGUUGAUGCAAAUCUAGAAAGUGUUAAUCCUCCACACAGUCUGGAACCAUCAGUGAUUGUAACUGAUUCAACUGUCCUUCCAAUUCAAUCCACCUCCCUAAACCGAUUGCAACGAUUACAAUCAACCGACAAACCUACGAGAUUGAGCACCACAUCUAAGCUAGCAGCUUUACCAGAUGUUUUUGACGACGAACCUUUACUUAAUGAUUACCUUUGUGCUUUAAAAGAGGCCGGCGAUAAAGGAGAUACUAAAGUUAUACAACAAACAGUUAUUCAUAUUGUAGAAACAAUAACAUCUUGGCUUGAAACUGUUGAGUAUAAAAUACACCUCAUUCGCACCCAAGAACCGUCAGACGAACAGGUUGAAGAAUUGAACGACCUUAAAACGUCAAUCACUAAAAUAGGCGAUAAAGUUGACCAGUUAAAUCAAAAUGUUCAACUUACCGAUCAAAUUUAUACUGAAAAAGAACAGAAAAGAAUGCAAAGCUAUAUAGAUUCCUUAAACCAACAAGUAAAACUGAUACAUGAGGUUGUUAAGGUGCAGGAAGAGGUGGUCAUAAAUGACGUUAAGCGUUGGGGUGAAUUUGUAGUUAAAGUACAGGAAAUGGCAACUUUAAUUGAUGGUCUAAAAACGCAGUUGAAUGAUAUAAAAGAAUCAGACUAUGCUCCUCAAAAGAAAAUGGCCUUAUUGGAGGAUCUAGACUCUCAAAUUAGGACUAAUAUAAUUCAAUCGAUAAAUUUGACCAGCAAUGCCAAAUCUCUCCAAAAAGACUUUCCUCAAAAGAAAUUGCCCAAAGAUGUAUUUGUUAUUCAAGAACAGGUUAAAAAACUGGAAAAAGAAAUCAAUAUUGAACGCGAAAAAUCGCAGCAACUGAUAUCGUUAUCGGACGAUUACGAGCAAACCUUAAAAGAAUUUAAACAAAUCAUCCAAAUCGCAGAAGCUUUAGUCGAAAGUCCAAUACAAGUAAAAAAUUUGGAGCAUUUAGAAGACGAGAUGCAAAACCACCGAAAGUUCUUCGUGAAUUUAAGCCAUUGUAGGGCCAUUUUAGAAUCAUUAGAGGAGAAUUUGGAUUUGGAAACUAGAAAGAAUCACGCACAGUUGCAUCAAGAUUUAUACGAGAGAGCUCAAAUUAUUUUGGAUAAAUCCACCGGAAGAUUUAGGCAAAUGUCUUUAGCCGCCUCUAGAUGGACUAUUUUAGAACAAGGUACCAGAGAUGAACUUCGAUGGCUUCAGGUGGCUCAGCAACGUAUUCCUGAUCUGAACAGCGUUACUAGCAGCGACUACGAUCGCUAUAUAGAUCUACAUCACGCCUUGUCAAUUGAUAUUAACUCACAUCAUGACAAACUGAUUCACCUUCAUCACGCCGCUACAAAACUACAGGAAUUGGUCACGUGCUCGGAAUUAGACCAAAGUUACGACGAGUCACUCCAAAUUAUAACAAAAUUACAAGAGGAUGUUAGUAGCAAUUUAUCGCGUUUGUUAUUAUUUAGCGAAAGCUGGACCGUAUACAAUUCACUAAGCGAUAAAGUGGAAAAUUGGCUAAUGGAUGCACAAGUGCAAUUAAAGUCAAUGGAGAUACCUGGAGGAAAUAGAGGGCAUAUAAGGCAAUUUUGGGAACUCAAAGCCAAGCACGAAGUACACAACCAAGCUCGUCUAAAGUCAACAAAAUUACUCGAAAACUCUCUUAAAAUCGUACCUAUAUGCGACGAAAUGCUACAACGGCAAUUCCAUACGCAGCUUCAACAGGACUGGCUAAAAACCACACAACGCAUUGAGCAGAUUCAUGCUGCGUUAAUCGAUGAUAUUUCCUCGAGCGAUGUGUCAAAUAAUGAUAAACUCGCUCUACUAGAACGAGACCUCCACGAACUGAAACUAGAAGUCGAUGACCUUAGGGGUGUUAUAAAAACCGAGGAGGAAUUAAGUUUGUAUCUUAAUCGACUCCAAAUCAUGUCUCAACGGAUAGGAACCUUACAAAAUGAGUUGGGUAAACUUGGACUCAUCUUAUCCGUCAGCGAAUCUGAUCAGUUAGCGAAUUUACUCACACUAUCUAACCAUUUGGAGGGGCAAAUAAUGGAGGAACUGCAUGGUGGACUUUUGGUUCAUGAAAGGCUCCAAAGUAUUCAAGAAAAAUUGUUGAGAGUGAGGAGGAAACACGUGGAUUUAGGAAAGAAAUUGGAAGAAAUUAAAGGAGUCGAGGGAAUGGGUAGCGAUGCGGUGGAAAGAGCCGUGGGAGAGUGUUUCGAGGUAGGAGAGGAACUAGUGACAUUAUGGCAGGAUUUGAUGGGGGCACGACAGUUGCUGCAUACAGUCCCAAUGGGUCUACGGGUCACAAUUUCACCGCUACAACUAGAAAAAGAGAUUUCGCAACUGCAAGACGACCAUACUGCCUUAGAAAAAGAGUGUGGCCAAAUAUUGGCUCUAUUAAGAGGUCGUUUGACCCUUUGGCAACGUUUUGAGAGGCAGUUAGAGCUUGUCCAGCAGAGCGUUCACGAAGCUGACUUUAUGAUUGAGAUAUUGACUGUUCAAGGCACCGUCGACUAUGAAAGAUUGAGGAAAGCUACCGAAAGACUCGAGAACUUAUCCGGUGACUUAGUUUCACGAGAAAACUUGGUGAUCGAACUAAAGGAGGCAGCCAAACCUUUGGCGGAUAGUUGUUCUCCCGAGGUCACAUCCAAAGUAGAAGCAGCCGUAGAAGAGGCCGUUACCGCUUACAAUACCACAUGCAGUAACUUGAAAGACUUAUGCGCGAAAUAUCAAAAAGCUGUCGAUCUCUGGAAAAGGUAUAAAGAAGCGAGCGACCUGGUGAAAGAAUGGAUUGAUAAUCCUAUGGAGGGAGUUGAAGAUAUACCUCCUGCAGAGGCUGUGGAACAAAUAAAGGUUUGCGAAGGAGCUCUCCACGACCAUCAAAAUCGUCUGAAAGAGCUUCAAAGUUUAGUGACAGAAAUUGCAGAAGCAGUGGGAUUGGACGCUAGGACACUUUUGGGCGGCGAAAUCGAUGCCCUUGGUGAUCGUUUACAGGAAGUCCGUGCGACUCUCACCACGUUAGCUGACAUCGCAGACGCCAGAUGUAAAAACGAGGAAAAAAUUUCCGAGACAAAAGAGUUUUUGGAGAACGUGCAAAAGAGCGUCAUGAGUGAUCAACAACCAUCUAUAGAACAUCUCCCUAUCCUCAGGGAUCACCUAUUAAGCCUUUCUGUUGCCGAACAUAAAAUCCAACAAAUCCAGGAAGAAACUCUGGAAAUUACUACUGAAAAAACUGAAAUCUCUAUUAUAGAAAUCUUGGAACUGUGGCAAUAUAUUUUUAAACAAACUUUCAAGGAGUACCACAGACUGAGCACGCAGCUGGUUCAAAAUGAAGACAGUAUGGCGGCAAUUCGCUUAUGGGAAGAAUAUUUAGGGAACUUGGAACAGUUUCUACAUGGUGAUAAAAUCCCUGUUGAUUUGAAUGGCUUACACCAACAGCGACAUCUUUUGGAAAUGCAUGAAAAUCUGUUAACCGAUCAAGAGCGAAUACUAAAGUCUAGUGAGCAGUUUGAUUCGUUGAGAAAACGUCAUCAAGAAAUCUUAGAGCAAAUUAUAGAAAGACAUGAGAAAAUCGAAAUGCGUCUAAACCUAUGGGAAAAAUACCGGGUUGACCAAGCAGAAAUUCUGCAGUGGCUAAAAACUAUGGAAAAAGAACGUGAAAAAAUACCAUUACGCUAUUUACCAGUGCGAAAACUUUCUAAUUUAAUUAGUAGAAUUGACGUUUUGUUGGCUAAAAUUCCCGAAGGAUUAAACCGUCUGGAAGCUUUAAAACGGGAACAAAUCGUCUUAGUGCCAUAUUGUGAUGAUGCGCUAGCCACAUCGAUUAAAAUGGAACAGGUGGCUUUGGGACAAAGAAUUGAUAAUUUGAAAGCUGGACUGGAAACCUGGAAGACAUUUUUAAAGCGAAUUGAUGGUUUGGUAAUGGAAUUCGAGGAAAAAGAAUCGAAAAUCCAGCGGUUGUUUGAUAACCUUCAAACCCUUGUUAACAACUCCCACUCAACACCCACUAUCUCGUCUCGUUCCUCCAUAUCACAUCAAUUAGAUCAGUUUGAACGCGCCAAAGAAACCUUAAAAACCCACAUUGCCGGCCUUAACCAACUUGAAACGAUUAUGGAACAACUAAAAGAAUGUUUAAAUCCAACAGACAUAAAAGUAUUUAAUCAGAAAAUGUGGCUUUUAUGGCAUAGAUAUAAGGAUCUAGAGCUGCAACUGGUCACAAAUUGUCAACAAUUGGAGGAAAGAUUGGGGGUAAAAUCUAACUUUGAAAAGAGACAAUUGAAGUUUAUUGCGUGGGUCGAUGAGAUGGAGACAAAGUUGGAUAAAGAGAUGGAACAGUUGAUUUUGUUAGAUCCUAAAGAAGUAUUAAAGAGGCUGGAAGUGGAGCUUCCCGCGGCCAUGCUGCUGAAAAAAAGGGAAUAUGAGUGGUUGAUAAAAGUAGGAGAAGAAUUGGUAGAGAGGUGUGGAGAAGAGUAUGCUGAUAUCACUGCUAAACAGAUUCUUGAGGUUAAAACGCAGGAAGUAAAGUCAAGAUGGGAACAAUUGGAAAGCUUUGCACGCACUCGCGCCAAUAAAAUUCGUGAGACCCUCUCCGCUACCCUAAGAUUAGAAGAACGAUUGCGGGAAAUUAGAACAUGGUUUACAACAAUCGAGUCGCAAUUGGCCCGUCCAAUAAGGUUUGAAGACUCUUCAAAGGCAACUUUCGACAGGAAUAUUUCAGAGCAUGCUGAACUGAAACGAGCAAUCGAAAAAGAAAGCAACAACAUCGCAGAAGUGUUAAAUUUGUGUGAUUUAUUACUAAGCGAUGACGGUGACCUUAAGGCUAAUUUCCUCACAGAGAAUAUAGGCAAUGGCGUGAAAAAUGUGGAGAAACGCUGGAAAAACGUUUGCAGUCAAUCUGUUGAGCGGAAAAAGAAGAUUGUCACCACUUUCAGUUUGUUACAAAACCUCCUAAAUUUAAGUCAAAAAGGACAUGAAUUUUUAAAGGAAAAAGAUUCAAAAUUAAGUGAACUUAACAAUAUCGAUGUGACAAUAUUGAAUCAACAAAGCCUCCAAACGAUGAUUUAUGAUGUAGAAAAGGAAAUUCAAGAAAUAGAAGCUCAAAUGCCGCAUUUCCAGCUAUUGGAAAAAACUUAUGCGAAAUUAAUGCGAAUCGGAGGGGGAAUAGAAAAUUUGCACGAAUUGGCAUCGGAAGUGCGGUUACAACUAGGCAGGUGGAAUGCUAUGUUGCCAAAAUGGACUGGGGUUCUUAAGAGCCUGCAAAAUGAACUAGUUCCUUUUAAAGAGUUCUACUCAAUCCACGAAGAAGCUGUGAUAAAUCUAAGCCGAAUCGAUGGUUUAUUAACCGAAUUACAACACUUGGAAUAUUCUUCCAUAUCGGCAAAGAAAAAUAAAAUUGACGAUUUAACUAAGGAAUUUAAUAAAUUAAUUCCAAAACUAAAUAAGGCUGAUAAUUUAGGGUUAAAAUUAAUGCAAAGAGGAUCUAACGAAGAAGUUCUAAAGAUCCAAACAAUGAUUGACGAAUAUCAAAACUUAAGUAAAGAUAUCUCAAAAAGAUUAAAUUUACUUAAUCAACAAACGGUUGAAAUGGUUGAAGAAGCUGUACAGGUCGAAACCUUAAGGUUUGAAGAAGACAGUAGCAUUCAAGUGGACACGUUAUUAAGCAAUAAAGAUGCUUACGAAGCUGAAUUUAAAUCGGCGUUAAAGGAAUGUAAAUCCGACCUAAAUAAGUUGGAAAUUUUAAUGCAAAAUGACGGCAUCAGUCCGAAUAUUUUAAUGCAAAAGUUAAACAAAUCCGAAGGCAGUAUUGAAUUAAUUAAGCACUUGAACGACUUACUGGAGAAAGGUGACGGAAAAGGCGAGGAAAAUGAGGAUAAAGAAGACGAAGAGAAAAAGCAAAGUAGAGCUAAAGAAGUGAAAGGAGUAGUAAGGACGUUUGAAGAUAUGCAAACUACUUUAAAGGAAAAGAGGAAAAAAUUAAGCGAGACUAGCGAAACCUCAUUAUGCCCAUUAUGCACCGAACGCAACUGGACUCAACUUGAAAACGACCUGUGGCGUCUCGAAAAGUGGCUUCAGGUGGCCGAAGCGACACGAGAUCCCCAUCGGUCAGUUCCAAGUGAUAUUGAACUACUGGAAGAUACAAUUCAGGACCAGCAUGAAUUUUUAUUGGAUUUGGACAGUCAUAAAAGCAUUGUUAAAUCGUUAAAUGUGGUGGGUCAACAUCUCGCGAAACAUACAGAAAACAUGGAAAAAAAGGAAGAGUUAUUAAAAAGGUUGGAGGAAGUAAAUGUUAGAUGGGAGGGAGUGUGUUCUGAGGCGAGGACAUGGCAGAGAAGGCUACAACGCGCAUUAAUGGAUAACCAACAAUUUCACCAAACCAUCUUGGAACUUUGUCAUUGGCUGCAACGAAGCGAAGCAAAAAUUCGCCAAUCGGAACCCGUAGAUCUGACUGCUUCCCGUUCAGCCCUGGAGUCGAAACUUCGCCUAUUUUCAGACUUACGCGGGGAAUUGGAGCGUUGCGAACCUCGUGUGUUAAGUUUAGAAGAGGCAGCAAAUCAGGCUCUAAAAGAAGAUGAAAGGGAGGAGGAGCAACAUCAUAUAAUUGAGGGUGCGCAGUUGACCAGGCGUCGCUUGAAGGAGUUGAGAUUGAGACUGAAAUCUUUAAUUAGAUUGACGGGCGCCUAUACUGUUAAAUUGAGAGCAGUUUUAGGUAUAGACGCGGGAACCAAUAUCACUCUUGACGAACCAGUUAAUGGGGAAGAGCGACCAAGCACCUCGGCACAAGAAGACACCGCUUACAAUUCACAAGAUGACUCAGAAGAAGAAAUCAAUACUUCGGUACUUAGAAGAGGAUACCGCUUUUUAGGCAGAGUCGUUAGAGCUUCAGUACCGAUUCAAGCUUUAAUGCUUUUAAUGUUAGGGGCAGCUUCAUUAGUCCCUUACUCAGAAGAUGACUAUGCGUGUUCGUUGGUCAAUACGAUAACGAAUAGUUUUACUCCUACGUUACGGUAUCACGAAGGCAAUCCGCCUUAUUAAAUUGUUUAUUUUUCUUUUCAAAAUGUAAGCCGUAUUCGCAUAUUUUUUUAAAUGUUAUCGAAUAUCCGACCGAAUACUUAAAACUAAAUAAUAAGGGGCGAGACUGCAAUAUCACCAUUUUUUAAUUGCAUAUGGCUUACAUUUGCAUGACUGACGAUUCAUUCCAAGUUGUCAUACUUUUUUUUGGCAUUAUGCACAAGUGACUUAAAAAGGCCUUAAAUAAAACUUCAUUAUUUAGACAAGUCAUAAAAGAUAUUAUAAGUAAAUAUAUUGGGAUGUAUUUACGCACACUCAUUGUAUAGUAAUAAGUGGUAAUUAUAGGAUUACGCAUAAGCUAUUGCUUCUCCCGUGAGAACAAUAUUUUACUAUUCUUGUAUUGUUGUUUAUAUUAAGAAUUAUGAAGCGGUUGGCAUGUUGUGAGAUUAUUGUAAGUUUUUUUUUGAAAUUUAUUCUACGUUAAAUGUAUUAUUCCUACGAGGAACUUAAAAUGAGCAUGUUUUAAGUUUCGUAAAACGCUUUUAUAUUUUACUAAGUACGGAUUGUUUUUUUAUUUAUUAUGAUAAAGUCAGUAGUUGUAUGUUCUUUAUUUAUACAAUAAAAUUUAUAUCUGAUUA